AUGUCAACACGGGAAACAAGGGUUGAGUUGGCUGAAAUGAAAAAUCAGGCAGAUCUGGGUUUACUGGCAAUAUUGAGAGCAAGGGUAAUACGGAAAACACGGGGGCAGUUGGCCAAACAAGGGGCAGUGAGUAAACGGAAGUCAGGCACAUUAAUGGACUUAGAUGAAGAUGGUAUAAGUUUUGGAAGGAAGGAAUCAGAGAAGCUAGAUACAUUAAAUAAAGAGACAUCAACAUCUGAUGGAAUACAAGAAGCAACACACACAGCAGGGGAUACAGGGACGUCAAGCUCUGGAGGCGAUACAGAGAUAUCACAUACUGAUCCUCCAGGGAAUGAAGGUGCUGGGUGAGUAUAUCUGCAGAUGAUACAAUAUUUACCAUUCAUUCACUGAUCAUUCCUACACAGGACACAGUGAUUAAUAACAGAAUGAAUUUAUAGUUAGUCAUACUCAGAUACAAGCACAGCUCAUUGAUAUGUGUCAGUCCUCGAAUGACAAGAAGUGAAAUGAGAUCUCACCAUAAAGUUAAAUAAUCUGAUUAACACGCACCUCCCUCCCUCUCUGUUUCUUUUCUUGGAUACAGCAAUACCCCAGCGGAAGUUUGCCACUUGCCAGACCAUAUUACUAAUAUUCACAUUUCCAAUGUUGACAGACAAAGUAAAAUAUCUCCUUCUAACUGUGCUUUAAUCUCAUCUUGGUUUACCAUUUGUAAAAUCCAACAACAUAGAAAAUAUUCCUAAAGCAAAUAUCGAAAGACAUUGGUGGCUACAGGAAGAUAACUAAGAAAAUAAUACAACGAGCUAUAAUAACAUACUGAGCUGUAAUAAUACAUCGAGCUGUAAUAAUACAAUGAGCUGUAAUAACACAAUGAGCUGUAAUAAUACAAUGAGCUGUAAUAAUACAAUAAGCUGUAAUAAUACAAUGAGCUGUAAUAAUACAUCGAGCUGUAAUAAUACAAUGAGCUGUAAUAAUACAUCGAGCUGUAAUAACACAAUAAGCUGUAAUAAUACAAUGAGCUGUAAUAAUACAAUAAGCUGUAAUAACACAAUGAGCUGUAAUAAUACAACGAGCUGUAAUAAUACAUUGAGCUGUAAUAAUACAAUAAGCUGUAAUAACACAAUAAGCUGUAAUAAUACAAUGAGCUGUAAUAAUACAUCGAGCUGUAAUAAUACAAUAAGCUGUAAUAAUACAAUGAGCUGUAAUAAUACAAUAAGCUGUAAUAAUACAAUGAGCUGUAAUAACACAAUGAGCUGUAAUAAUACAACGAGCUGUAAUAAUACAACGAGCUGUAAUAAUACAUUGAGCUGUAAUAAUACAAUAAGCUGUAAUAACAUAAUAAGCUGUAAUAAUACAAUGAAGCUGUAAUAAUACAUCGAGCUGUAAUAAUACAAUAAGCUGUAAUAACACAAUAAGCUGUAAUAAUACAAUAAGCUGUAAUAAUACAAUGAGCUGUAAUAAUACAUCGAGCUGUAAUAAUACAAUGAGCUGUAAUAACACAAUAAGCUGUAACAAUACAAUAAGCUGUAAGUAUACAAUGAGCUGUAAUAAUACAAUAAGCUGUAAGUAUACAAUGAGCUGUAAUAAUACAAUAAGCUGUAAGUAUACAAUAAGCUGUAAUAAUACAAUGAGCUGUGCCCUUUAAGGUAGUAAUUUAGCCCCUUUGCAUCUUCUCAAGAAAUGAAACAUGCUUUGUCUGUAAUGUGGUGCCGGUCAUUUUAUUUACCAUAAAUUUUGUAUUUUCGGGUUUUGUUGUUUAGAGUUAAAGAGAAGAAGGUAACAAUCUGCUUCUGGAAUGCAAAGAGUGACUUAUCGUGGCUCUACAACGAGCUGACCAUGUACUCCUCCAUCCAAGGAAUAGAUGUGGUAACCUGUGUGCCUCUCUUUCUCAUCAAUGGGGAGAAGGCAAGGAGGCAAAUUAUCAAUACGUCUCUGUUCAUCAUUUGUUACUGUGACCAGACUCCCAGAUUUCAAACUGACAUUGAGAAAUUCCUGGACCUGUGUAUAUCCAUAAAUGGUGAGAGUUAUUUCAGGGUAAAUACGGAGUCACAUGUACCAUAAUCACUGCAUCAGAAUUUACUUUCUCUAGAAUUGAAAUACUUUCAUUUAGAAAGAUGCAAUUUUCAGAAUAGUUUCCACAUAUUUAGUUUGGAAUCAACUUGAAAGGUAUCAUUAUAACUGUAGGUGUCAGUUCCUGAAAAAUUUCUCUUUAAAAUCCUUGAAGCAUUUAUUAUCCUAUUACGGCCUCUAUUUAAUAUAUAUAUAUAUAUUUUUUAAAUUCUUUAUUUUAUUUGUGCAUAGCGUGAACAAUCAUGUUUGCACUGCCACAAUAGCUGGUGCAAGCAAGUACGGAAACAUACAUUAACAUAGGUAUGGCAUUGAAAUACAUAGCACAAUUUUGUUUUUUUAUAUUCAAGAUAGGAAACAUGUUAGAGGUUAAACAUUGGAUCGUGGUUGCAUAGAAGAUCUAACUGUCUCAAUAUUUAGUAACACAGUAAACUGGUUAAUCUUGCAGCCUAUGGGGAUUAACAUGCUAGCUGAACAUAGCUGAGACUUGCUUGGUACAUAAGGUGACAUCGCUGCACUAUCUGAAUGUAUCAUUACUGUGCUGCGUCAGACGCUAACAGAUUGUAUACAUGCAGUACAGGUAUAUUUGCCUGAGUAGGUUAAUUUCAAAUCUGUUUAGCCAUAUUAGUUAAAUUGACAGGCUGGAGACGUGGAAGUGCAGGCUAAAACUGAACUCAUAGUUACAAUAGAUUUUGUGAGAGAGACAGGUUUGCUAGGCAAGAUGGCAUGGUUAGUGUUGCUUAAAAAAGAAAAAGGAAAAUUUAUGCCACCGUGGUUAAAGAACCCUGGGUCCCCGGACAGAGACUCCCCUCCCCGAUGAGAGGUGGAUGUGAUCCUGAUUGUUGUUCAGGAGACAGAGUAGGCAGCCCCAGUCCCUGUGCAGAGAGCAGCCAACUCCCAUCACUGGCAGGUCAUAGUCAUGUGUUUUCUCAGCUCUAUCUGCGAAUAAUGAUGCUGUGGUGUCGCUUGUCGGGUGGUAUCAGCCGGUCGCACUUGGGAGCUGGGUAUGUGUGGGGUCUUCGUAGUGGUCUGCGGCCAUCGUGCGUGUGACUCGGCUUCACAGGACCGUGCCAGCUUGCAGCCUAAAUACCUUUGGGGCCGCUUUGCCAGUCAGCUGAUCUCCACUCAAGGUCCUCGGUGUCGAUUGGAGCACUCCAGGUCGGGUCUCAGGAUAGGUAGGUUGCUCAAAUGAUUUCUCCCUGAGUAGCCCGCAGUGAGCGCCAAGAGCCCCGAGGAGGGGCCUCUUUCUCCAUAGCGCGCCGGUCGGGCCCAGCCGCCAUCUUGAGUGAUGUCUCCACAGUGAAGUCUCCAAUCGGGUUAGAGCCCCAGGGUAGGCCGGGAUGACCCCCACCGGCCCAGAGGGGGGGAAGCAGGGCCAUCACCCCAUUAAGUUAGGGGACCCCCAUAUUGCAGCCAGGCAGGGUAGCAGGGCGGCGGCCGUCCACCCUACUCACCAUCUGGAUAGGCUUGACUAGGCCUUGGUCUUAGAGCUCUGUGUUCUCCCCAAAAGGGGGGCCCAGAAUCGGGUCACUGACUGCUCCCCAGUACUAGCACUUCAUAGUGCAGUUGCCUGUAGUGACUCAGCGCCAGAAGUUGCGUUUUUGGGACCAAAUUGCUUGAAAAUAGCAGGAGCUGUUGUGCCAUGUGUCUGCUCUGCUUGGCGGUCCGGCCCCGCCCCCCUAUUUAAUAUUUUUUUAAGCUAAUCAAAUGUUUGUUUUUUUAAAUAUCAAAAAUGUUUUAGUAUAUAUCAAUAUAUCACCAAAUAUCAAAAUAUUAAUCGAUUUUUCAAUAUAUUUAAUUAUUAAAUCAUUUUAAAAGUUUAUGCAAAAGUUCUAAAUAAUUUGAAAAGUAUAUUCAAAAAUAUUAAAUGGAUGCAUAUUCCUAAUAUACUAUUCUCUGUGUACGAUUGGCCUAAAUUCAGGGUUUAAGAUUAAAUUGUAAAUAAACUCACACAGAUAACAUAAACAUAAAAAAAGAUCCAGGGUUCGUGAUGCAAAGAGUGAUCGAUGAUGGCAAUAUUUACUCCACCACCCACGCAGGAACUAAGAGGACUAGUUAACCAUGGAUUAUCCAAUCAGUUUGCUUAGAUGGUCAAAAAGCAUGUUUUGUAAUAAGUGGUGGAUAGUGAUGUCCCGAACGGUUCGCCGAACGGUUCGCCGCGGACGGUGAACAUAUGCGGUAAACUUUGACCCUGUACCCAGACACAUUCCAGCCAAUCAAAAGCAGACCCUUCCUCCCAGACCCUCCCACCUCCUGGACAGCUCACUAAGAAUGCAGCUUCACAAUGAAUGUAAAAUGGAUGCUGUCCAGGAGGUGGGAGGGUCUGGGAGGGAGGGUCUGCUUUUGAUUGGCUGGAAUGUGUCUGGGUACAGGGUCAAAGUUUACCGCAUAUGUUCACCGUCCGCGGCGAACCGUUCGGCGAACCGUUCGGCGAACCGUUCGGCGAACCGUUCGGGACAUCACUAGUGGUGGAAUGUUAAAGGGUGAUUAAAAAGUUAUCAAUAUUAUGUCAUUCUCUUCAAAUAAAAAUGAGGUAGAACAAUAGGCACAAGAAAUUAUUGAUAGUGUCUGUGAUUAUUGCUUUAAUCAACGAUGAUGUCUUUUUGUGAUAUUUAGGAGCCUGUAACUUGGUGGUUAUAAUCGAUGACAUGAAAGACGAACCCUCCAUAACGCAGAAGAGAGAUCAGUGGGGACAGGGUCGGUUUUCACACUGUGAGCUCCUCCUAUUCACAAAGAAAGACCUCGAAUAUAUCGGCCAUUUAUAUAUCAAUUUGACAAUCCAAUCACCGCCAUGGAAAAUCAUGGAAAAAAAGCUGAACUACAUGAAACAAAUUCUAGAUAAAGGUAACUUCAAAUUACAAAUAAAUUGUAUGACAAAGGGCACAGAAAGACUAGAAUUAAAGGGACAGUUUAAGCACCAAAACAACUUUGGCUUAAUGAAGUGGUUGUGGUUUAUAGAUUAUGCCCCUGCAGUCUCACUGCUCAAUUAUUUAGAGGUUAAAGGACCACUCUAAGCACCCAGACUACUUCAGCUUAAUGAAGUGGUCUGGGUGCCAGGUCCCUCUAGGGUUAACCCAUUUUUUCAUAAACAUAGCAGUUUCAGAGAAACUGCUAUGUUUAUGUUAGGGUUAAUACAGCCUCUAGAGCCUCUAGUGGCUGUCUCAUUGACAGCCGCUAGAGGCGCUUGCGUGAUUCUCACUGUGAAAAUCACAGUGAGAGCACGCAAGCAUCCAUAGGAAAGCAUUGUAAAUGCUUUCCUAUGAGACCGGCUGAAGGCGCGCGCAGCUCUUGCAGCGCGUGCCCAUUCAGCAGAAUGGGAGGAACGGAGGAGGAUCGGAGGAGGAGAGCUCCCCGCCCAGCUCUGGAAAAAAGUAAGUUUUUACCCUUUUCCUCUCCCCACAGCCGGGCAGGAGGGGGACCCCGAGUAUGUUUUCCUGGCACUAUAGUGGUCCUUUAAAUCACUAAGGUCACACAUCAAAUCUUGGCCAACUCUUAAAUAUGUAGUUAUACUAUAUUUUCCCCCAUAGACCUUUUAUUUAAUUAAUGUAUUCCUUCUUUCUACUUAGUAUUUAAUAGUAAACCAGUGAUAGCUGAUGGCAGUUUAUAUUUUGUAAACAUUUUGUUGUAUCUAUCAUUUUAUUGUAUUUCAUAGAAUGCAUUUGUACUCAUUUUUUAGUUUUCUAUGUAUAAAUAUCACACAUAAUAACAUUAUAUAUUCUCUACGCAGCUAUUCACAAAAGAACUGUCUUACCAUUGGACAUUCUCAAGGUCACAUGAACUUAGAAAGGCAUCGACAUUUGCAAUUUAUGUAAAGUAAUUGGUCAAUUCCAAUGUGGGUGAAAUCCAUGAUAAUAUUAUAAGGGGGACUGUGUGAAGGAAUUAAUUAAUAAUGCCUCUCUGGGUGACACAUAUUGGAAUGCUUCUUAAAGGAACACUAUAGUCACCUAAAUUACUUUAGCUAAAUAAAGCAGUUUUAGUGUAUAGAUCAUUCCCUUGCAAUUUCACUGCUCAAUUCACUGUCAUUUAGGAGUUAAAUCACUUUGUUUCUGUUUAUGCAGCCCUAGCCACACCUCCCCUGGCUAUGAUUGACAGAGCCUGCAUGAAAAAAAAACUGGUUUCACUUUCAAACAGAUGCAAUUUACCUUAAAUAAUUGUAUCUCAAUCUCUAAAUUGAACUUUAAUCACAUACAGGAGGCUCUUGCAGGGUCUAGCAAGCUAUUAACAUAGCAGGGGAUAAGAAAAUCUUAAUUAAACAGAACUUGCAAUAAAGAAAGCCUAAAUUGGGCUCUCUUUACAGGAAGUGUUUAUGGAAGGCUGUGCAAGUCACAUGCAGGGAGGUGUGACUAGGGUUCAUAAACAAAGGGAUUUAACUCCUAAAUGGCAGAGGAUUGAGCAUUGAGGCUGCAGGGACAUGUUCUAUACACCAAAACUGCUUCAUUAAGCUAAGGUUGUUCAGGUGACUAUAGUGUCCCUUUAAGAUAAUAGUCAUAUCUUGGUGCCAUUCAUAUAUGUGUUUAUGUGAACGAGCUUCUAAAAAAUGAAGUACGCCUCUAUAUCUUUAGAUUUUUAAAUAAGAAACAUUGUCUCAUCCCGAUCUUUUUUUCCUUCUUUUUACAGAAUCUCAGCAUUUAAGACGGACGUCUUCCACAGUAAGACAUUUCAUUCCAUACAAUGACAUAAUCUAAAUUAUGUUUUUGCAAGUAUGCAUCUAGCACCUGUAAUUAAAUAUAAUUAAAAUGAUUCAGUAUAUCCAAACAAUGACAGUAUUAGGUGCCUAUAAAUCACAGUGCUUCUCUGUGUGCAAUUAUAUAUUGUGCCAGUACAUAUAAUCAAUGUGCGUAUGAAUUCCAAUGUAAUGAUCUAUGUAAGGUGUAUAUAAAUUUAUAGUUAUUACAAUAACGUGAUGUGCACCCAAAUGGUGAUUUACAAACACACACCAGAGACAUAUAUCAGCAGUGAUUGAUGCAGUUCAAUGAAGGUUAACUCAUUAGGCUGUGCCAAGCACUUACAGGAUGAACUCUCAGUACUAUAUGUACGAAGGAUGGGUACUCAAUAGGCUUUGGUGUAAAAGGAGAGGAACAGUCAAUGCUUAAUAACAUGAAUCAAAUUUACUAAAGCAUUCAAAACGUUGAUUAGUUAUUGAAUGGCGUGGGCUAGCUGUAGUCCUUCAGUAUAGGAUUCUAUAAUGCUGACUUUAAGUCUAUACCAGUCUGUAAUCAGUAUGGCAAUUCCGUCCCCUGGAUGACGCGUUUCGCAUGUCAUGCUUCAAAUGAUCUGUGACAUCACCUGUUCAUAUUAUUCUUUUCCUCCUUUUCUAUUCCUACAUUGGAUUCUAUACACUAUUAUUGUUCAAUUUUCUCUUUUUUGGGGGGAAUCUACAUUGAUUCUCAGCUAAGCAUCCAUGUAUAUUUUGUGUCUUGUCUUGAGGUGUUAUUUUAUAAUUACAAUUUGCUCUUUUGUCUCACAAUUAUCCCUACAAAGAACACAACUCUCAUUUUGUUUUUUUGUAAUUUUUGUGAGGAUCGUUUUUCGCCCCAAGAAACAUAAUUGGAGGGUUGACUUUGGCACGAAUCAUAAUGGCCAAGCAAUGUCUGAGAGUUUUAACUUUUUGGGUGAAUUUACAUCUUUAACAUUCAUGAAUAGAAUUGUAAUAUCUGUCAUGGGAUACAGUCUUUCUUUCUGCUACUCUUUACCAUUCUUUACUAUUUUCAAGAUAUCACGCCAACGCAUUGGCAUAUUGUCCUGGUCGGAGGAUCGAUGGAAAUGGCUUCAGACAGUACUGUGUGAGAUGGGACCUAACAGUGAAUUAAGGGAGUUCAGACAUAUUGGCAUUUCUAAAGCUGAAAAGAAAAAGGUCACAAAGGAGAUUUCUGAGUGUUCUUUCUCCAUCUUGCAUGUUACCAAAAAUCAUAUCAAAGACCUGGAAGACAUCUCACCACGAAGUAAGAGACAGCUAGCUGGUUCCAUGUUGGAUAUACUUAGACACUUAGACUGAACGUUAUCCACUAGACAGGCAAUUCGUAAUGGAAUUCUUAAGCAGAAUCCUGCUAAGUGUCCGUUAGCUCUCACUAUACGCAAACUGCCAACAUAAACGUCAGCUGCUAAUUCCGUGGCGUUUCUAAAGUUUUACAGUUAGGAAACAGACAGUAAGGGCCUUGAUGUAAUGUUUGGCUAAACUUUUCAAAUGAUUUGAUAUUUUUAGAUAAACUUUAGAAAUGUAUCUUUUCUAAAUAUUAAAAUAUCAAAAAAUAUAUCAUAAAUUAAAAUUAAUGUAUAAAACAAUAUUAAAAUGUUAAAGUAUUUUUUUUUACAAACAUUAAAUAAUUUUAAGGUUUUUAAAUCAUUUUAAAAGCGUAUCCAAAAACAUUAAAUCGAGGCCAAGAUUAGCAACAACUACGUUAGUGGCUAACUGGCUGGUUGGUAAAUGUUGGCUAUAAUAUUAAGAGGCCCCUCGAUAUUAAGAGUUUAAGAAAGAAACGUCAGUUGCAUGAACCAGUGGUUUUUGACCUUGUUCCAAUUUUUUACUCCUGUCCCAUUUUAACCUGUAGAUACAUUGCAGCGACCAAUCAGUGGGCUAACAUGGGUUUAAGAGGCUGGCCAACCAUGUAACCAGGCUAUUACUCUGUAUGUUGUAGUUAUAGUCAUCAUGGUAGUUAAUGAGUUGGGCUUAGUUAAGGGCCACUGUUAUCUAUUAGAUUAUCUUUCCUAUGGUUUUUUAAACUGAUAAGUAAGUAAACUAAAUAAACAUCCGGUGUUAUUACUGGCUAAUAAUUUGAUUAAUCCUUGUUUUGUGCAGAGUUGAAGAUAGUCCUAGUGGUGUUUGAUGGUCAAGGAAAAAACAGGUCGGAGAUGGACAGGAUUCGGGACAGACUGUCUCGUUUAGGUGUAAAACACGUUAUCUCGAUCAGUAAAGAGGAAAAGUCAGACUACCAGAAAUUCCAACCGGAUAAUUAUAAGAAGGCUCUAGAAAGGAUUCAAGGACAACUGUCUAAGCUGGAAAAGUUGGUAUCUGAGACAGGUAAGAUACCCACCUUUUUCCUCCCAAUAUUAUUAUCUAUUGGAACUCAUCCAACCUCCUAGUUCACCUACUGCCCCAUUUUGAAUCCAUUAUAUACCAUUAAAAUGAAAUAAACAAAUAAAUGCACAAAAUGUCCCUCAUUAGCAGCAGGUUCCAGGGGUCGGCAGUGUGUGCAGUAAUGACUGAGAUCGUUCAGCCAAUCCUGGUCAUAGCUUUCACCCUCUGUCCAUUGCUCAUUCAUUACCUGCCUUACUACCGAGCACGUUUUGUUUUAUAAGUAUUAGAAUGGCAUUUCUGGAUACAUGGGGUGCAUAGACCGCAAACAUAUAUUAUAAAUAGUGAUAUUGUGUACAGAUUGCCGUUCAGGUAUACAGACAAUGAAAACAAAUCAUAUUGUUGAGCAAUGAAGCUCCUUUGAUAUAUGGAAUCAGAAUAUCAUGGGUCGACUGGCAAGGGGGACGAGGGGGCAAUAACCCCCCUGGGCACUAGAAUACAGGCACUGUAGGUUGGUGCCAUUCCCAUGUGGACUAAAAUAACAGCAGUUGUAUUGAGAUGUUUUCAGAGCGAGGAAGCUGGUAAUAAUUGUUGCAACAGGAAAAGUGGAACCUGUAGAAAUGUUAAUAAAAUUGCAGUGACCAAAAUAUGGAGAGGGAUAACCCGUAGUGUUAGAAAUAUAAAUGGGUUAUGUAGCGGACUGUAAAAAGAAGGGGGAGGAGUCUGCGCUAAGUAACAGAGAUGAGCUGCAACCCUAGAAAGGGAAUCCCUCAAAAACCCUUAAUGUGAUAUCGGAGAAGAAAAAAGGAGGGGAAGGGCUGCGCUAUGCAAAAAAGGAUAAUAAAUAAUAAAAUAUACUCAAUAUAAAAAUAGACUUAAAAUAUAAAAUAAAUAGAUAAAUAAAAAGGUAAAUAAAAUAGUUAAUGAAAUAGAGUCCAUCCAAUAAUAAAAUGUCCAAAAAAGUAUAAAAAACUUCUCACAGAUAUGUGGAUAGGCCGUGUAUACAGUCCUCAGAGGUUAGUCCAUCCAAUUUUCAGGUAAUCCGUAUAUGUAAAAAAAUGUGUUCUAUAACUUCUAUGUAAUUAAGUUAUCUCUCAGGCUGAAUGGAGGGAAAAUGUAUACUGUAUCCAGCCCUGGAUUGGCUGAUGCCUUAUUCUUUGUGGGUGUAUCCCUUGCAUGGGAGAAGUAUAUAAAAGCAGAGUAUGGGAUUAAAAAUUCAUUUCUGCUCCUGAUACCACGUGUCGUCCAGUUAUUGGGAAAGGUGGUGGGAGAUUCGUGGAUUACUCUGUUUACUGUUUAUGCUGUGCUUCUAUCCUGCUUGUUCCUGAGUAACUAUUGGAAUACCAGCGGAGGAAAGUCUAUGUUAAACUAGCGCUCCGCUACAGGUUAGCUGAAGAAAGUCGGGAACACGGCACUAUCAUAUGUAGGUAAAAUAUAACAACCUUUAUUAGAAAGUUUAAAAUACAAUUUAAUAGAAACUAAAUACUCAACUGCAAUAAAUAAAUACAAUAAACAAACUAAUAAUUAAAUACAAUAAACACAAAGAACAAAUAAAUACAUGAAUGGUCAGCUACAAGAAAUAUUUACAAUCUGUGCGUUCUUUAACCAUCUGGAAGUUUAGCGUCUCAAUCUGUAUAUAAGGGAUGAAUAUGUAGAUAUCUAGAACUUACAAAUAACCGCUAGGGAGCAACUGUGUCCUUCAAUAAAAACAAAACAGAUUGUACCAGAUUUCUGGGAAUAAUCUGUCAACGGCACAUAUCAUAAUGAUGGAGGAUGCAGGGAGAUAUGAUGUCAUACUGUGCAGGUCACACUGAUGGAGGAUGCAGGGAGAUAUGAUGUCAUACUGUGCAGGUCACACUGAUGGAGGAUGCAGGGAGAUAUGAUGUCAUACUGUGCAGGUCAUACUGAUGGAGGAUAGAGGGAGAUAUGAUGUCAUACUGUGCAGGUCAUACUGAUGGAGGAUAGAGGGAGAUAUGAUGUCAUACUGUGCAGGUCACACUGAUGGAGGAUGCAGGGAGAUAUGAUGUCAUACUGUGCAGGUCACACUGAUGGAGGUUACGGGGAGAUAUGAUGUCAUACUGAGCAGGUCACACUGAUGGAGGUUGCAGGGAGAUAUGAUGUCAUACUGUGCAGGUCACACUGAUGGAGGAUGCAGGGAGAUAUGAUGUCAUACUGUGCAGGUCACACUGAUGGAGGAUAGAGGGAGAUAUGAUGUCAUACUGUGCAGGUCACACUGAUGGAGGUUGCAGGGAGAUAUGAUGUCAUACUGUGCAGGUCAUACUGAUGGAGGAUGCAGGGAGAUAUGAUGUCAUACUGUGCAGGUCAUACUGAUGGAGAUUGCAGGGAGAUAUGAUGUCAUACUGUGCAGGUCACACUGAUGGAGGAUAGAGGGAGAUAUGAUGUCAUACUGUGCAGGUCACACUGAUGGAGGUUGCAGGGAGAUAUGAUCUCAUACUGUGCAGGUCAUACUGAUGGAGAUUACAGGGAGAUAUGAUGUCAUACUGUGCAGGUCAUACUGAUGGAGGAUGCAGGGAGAUAUGAUGUCAUACUGUGCAGGUCACACUGAUGGAGGAUAGAGGGAGAUAUGAUGUCAUACUGUGCAGGUCAUACUGAUGGAGGAUGCAGGGAGAUAUGAUGUCAUACUGUGCAGGUCAUACUGAUGGAGAUUGCAGGGAGAUAUGAUGUCAUACUGUGCAGGUCACACUGAUGGAGGAUAGAGGGAGAUAUGAUGUCAUACUGUGCAGGUCACACUGAUGGAGGUUGCUGGGAGAUAUGAUGUCAUACUGUGCAGGUCACACUGAUGGAGGUUGCAGGGAGAUAUGAUGUCAUACUGUGCAGGUCAUACUGAUGGAGGAUGCAGGGAGAUAUGAUGUCAUACUGUGCAGGUCACACUGAUGGAGGUUGCAGGGAGAUAUGAUGUCAUACUGUGCAGGUCACACUGAUGGAGGUUGCAGGGAGAUAUGAUGUCAUACUGUGCAGGUCAUACUGAUGGAGGAUGCAGGGAGAUAUGAUGUCAUACUGUGCAGGUCAUACUGAUGGAGAUUGCAGGGAGAUAUGAUGUCAUACUGUGCAGGUCACACUGAUGGAGGAUAGAGGGAGAUAUGAUGUCAUACUGUGCAGGUCACACUGAUGGAGGUUGCAGGGAGAUAUGAUGUCAUACUGUGCAGGUCAUACUGAUGGAGAUUACAGGGAGAUAUGAUGUCAUACUGUGCAGGUCAUACUGAUGGAGGAUGCAGGGAGAUAUGAUGUCAUACUGUGCAGGUCACACUGAUGGAGGAUAGAGGGAGAUAUGAUGUCAUACUGUGCAGGUCAUACUGAUGGAGGAUGCAGGGAGAUAUGAUGUCAUACUGUGCAGGUCAUACUGAUGGAGAUUGCAGGGAGAUAUGAUGUCAUACUGUGCAGGUCACACUGAUGGAGGAUAGAGGGAGAUAUGAUGUCAUACUGUGCAGGUCACACUGAUGGAGGUUGCUGGGAGAUAUGAUGUCAUACUGUGCAGGUCACACUGAUGGAGGUUGCAGGGAGAUAUGAUGUCAUACUGUGCAGGUCACACUGAUGGAGGUUGCAGGGAGAUAUGAUGUCAUACUGUGCAGGUCACACUGAUGGAGGUUGCAGGGAGAUAUGAUGUCAUACUGUGCAGGUCAUACUGAUGGAGGAUGCAGGGAGAUAUGAUGUCAUACUGUGCAGGUCAUACUGAUGGAGAUUGCAGGGAGAUAUGAUGUCAUACUGUGCAGGUCACACUGAUGGAGGAUGGAGGGAGAUAUGAUGUCAUACUGUGCAGGUCACACUGAUGGAGGUUGCUGGGAGAUAUGAUGUCAUACUGUGCAGGUCACACUGAUGGAGGUUGCAGGGAGAUAUGAUGUCAUACUGUGCAGGUCACACUGAUGGAGGUUGCAGGGAGAUAUGAUGUCAUACUGUGCAGGUCACACUGAUGGAGGUUGCAGGGAAAUAUGAUGUCACAACUCACAGCUACAGGACCUCCAUCUCUCAUACCCAUAUAUCGCCUGCACUGUGUUAGACAAUCCACACUGAGAUCUGUACUGACCUGCAAGGCAGGAGGUUUCCAGCCCUCCUAAUAUUUCACAUAGGGCACAAAAUAUUAACAUAGGGACAGAAAUACCAGUUUAAAAAUUGCAAUCCCUUAUCAAAGCUAAAUACUAAUUUUAGAGAGUUAUAUUGUUAAUAAUAACUUACAUAUUCCUAUGGGUAGGGUAUCUGAUCUUAUUUAUUUAUUCUUGUAUUGCCUCUAAACUAAUAUUUCAAAAACGAGGACGUAUUAAAAGAUAUCAGUAUUUCCAUUAGGAUAAAUGGAUGAAUAAAAAGAAAAAAAUCACGUGCAAUUGUAUCAUUUACAUUUUUCCACGUCGGUGAGCAUCAAUCAUCACAGAAUGGCUCUCUCAUUCCUAUAUUCAAGCCAAAAUCUUACUCAAAGGAAUGAUUUCUAAGGCCAGAAUGUGUUUUGGCUCCCAUUGUGAUGCAGUUCCACAUCCCUGACUCGUCAAUGCCAAUAAAGUUAUCUUUGCUCACGUUGAUCGUGGCGUUUUUCUUGUAUAAUUAAUUUAUUAAUGGUCUUUCAUUAAGAUUUCAUUUAUCUGUCUACCCCUUAGUUAAUGAUGAUGAAAAUACAGGAAUGGAAGAUCUUCCAAUAUGCGACAUGGUGAGUAAUGUAUAAUCGGUCUACUCUACAUACUUCUAAGACAUUCUAAGGCCAACAAAAAAAUCUACAAAAUGUUACAAAAAGUUGCCGUUUUAUGUCUGUUUCCUGGAGGAAACCACAUGGUUAUGGAUUGGCUGCAUUAGAGUCUUUAUUAUAGAAUUUGGUUUAUAACAUACCGUUCUCACUGUUAAUCUGCUGUCCACUAGGGGGCGUUGGUAUACCCAUAUUCCCCUGUAAUGAAAUUUCUACAUUGAAUCUGUGUAUUAUAAGGUUUACACACAACAAAUAUAAACAUAAAUGACCAGUAGCUAUUAUCAGAGUUUUUGGUUUCAAUAGAUAUAGAAAAAUCAAGUUCCAGAUGUUUUCUGUAAGUUAUCCCCCCCUUUACAGAGUUCUGAAGGAGAAGGCUACAUGACAUCUGCAUCUUCUCGGUCCUCCUAAGCUCCAGGACAGGUUUCAUUGGUAUCAAGACUUUUUUUUAGCUCACCUAUCAGUACUUUAGUAGACCUCCCUUCUCAAAAUGCUUUAGUCACAUCCACUGCCAUCCAGACCUGAUUUAUGAAGGAUUUAUUUUUAGGGGUACAGAUGUGGACAAUAUGCAGUAUGUAUGGUGAGCACUCACUCGCAGCUGCUGACUUGUAACAAUGCAGAAAGCCAGCAUAUUCAGCAGUAGGAAUAAAGGCUGCUAAAUGCCUCUGCUGAUGUCACUAUUGAUCUCAGCAUAGGGAAUCCCACUGAGCUAGGAUUAGGGUUAGAGUUAGGUUAGGGCUAGGUUUUGUGUAGGGUUAGGAUGAAGGUUAGCGUAUGGUUAGUGUUAGUGAAGGGGAAGGGUUACUGAUGAAAUAUGGUUAGUACUGGGUUAGGGAUAGUGCAGGGUUAAGCUUGGGUGGGUGCAUGAUUGGAGUUAGUGUAAACAUAGCGUUAGGGGUAGGGUUGAUGAAGAGUUAGUAUAGGUGUUGUGGUUUGUGGUUUUGGAUGAAUUAGUUUGCACAAUUUAAAGGGUUUGACAGUAACUACUGUGUUAAACUUCUAGGAGAACCAAGAUGGCUACUGACUAUGUGCUUCAAAGAGCAUCAAGAUGGCCACCAGUCAUGUGUCCAGGUGUAACCUUGUUACACUAACAAUAGACAUCACUUAGUUACACUAACAAUAGAAUUAUUGGAAGCCCACAUAUAUUUGCAAGCAUUCAAAACCAACCCUUUUAUGUUGUACAGCUAUAAUUUUAGAUGAUUGGCUGCAUAAGGUUUUUUAGGCAGAGUUAUAUCUUAAUAGGUAAUCCUCAAAUGAUAAUUACUCAGCAAAAAAUAAUGUUAAAUAAAAAGAAGUUAAAGAAAAUAUAACAAAUAUUAAUAAACAUGUUCUAGUUAAACACUUGUAAUACUAACUAGACGAUUAUCCUUUGCAUUGCUAAUCGUAUAUUUCCCACGAUUGCAGUUAAAACAAAUCAAAGGCUAUUCAAGCACUUUAAUCUAAACACAAGUGUAAAAGCUAUAACAAUUAUACAGUUUUAUACUUAACGUCCCAGGAUCUUAGAUAAGAUAAAAAAGGAUACAAAAUAUGGGCCUAGUGCGCAUACUUGCAGCCUUAGAAAUAAUUAGUAAGGCUGCCUGUGCCCCUGUACUGCUACAUCGCUGCUAUCCCCCACAAACUCAGAAAAACCAACUGUCCAACAUCCACAAAACAGCUUCACAAUAACCAUAGUAGCAUGUCCCUCCUUCUAACCUAUUCCCUACCCAUCAACCUGCCUCCGUACUCUGAACUGGUUAAACUAGUUUGUUAAUUAACCUUUUCAGUGCUUAAGACUUAACAGUCUGGGGGACUGUGUUUGUAGGAUGUCAGAGUUAAUUAUGGCCGUACAAAGCCAUAAAACCACCAACUAUUUAAUGACCAGUAAACCUCUCCAGAGAUUCAUAUACAGACAUCCUGUUUCAAUUUUGGACCAUUGGAUGCUUGACUAUGACAGUGUGCUCCUAAAUGACAGGUUUAUCUGCCUUUCUACUUUCCCACCCCCUUCUUUCCUAAAAUGUAUUUUUCAUGAUAUCCUCCGUCACCCACUUUUCCUAGACUGUAACAAUGUUUUGCUCUUUCCACCUUGUACACUAGAGUCGAUAAAAACAGAGUACAAUUUAUAGUCAUUAUUUUCUUCGUCCAAGAAGGCCUACGUUAUGUCUUAUAUAAAAUGCCAUUUUUGCUUAAUGUGAAAAAUUAGAUUAAAGAAAUUAUAUAAGCAAAAUAAUUAAAAAACUAAAUGUGGAUGAUCCAACACACAUGAUGAAGGUCCCGCUCAUUGGUGCCUAGGAAACAGGCAAGUUACGACAUCCCUGAAAGAAUUCUAAAUCACUUACCUGGAAUGUUCCCAUGGCCACCAGGUGUGACAGGUAUACAGGGUAAUAUGUUGUGUACUGGUAAAAUAUGACACUUUGUUUCCUUUAUGUAACAGGAACAGAAGUCAAGCUCACCCUAUUCUAUUGGGAUAUUCUCCAGAUCGGCUGAGAGUGAUUAUAAAUGGCUUAAGAUAUUGCUUCAAUCUGAGGGUUUCAGAGAUCAGGGUACAGGCGUUCAGUCCUUUCAUAUUUCAAACAAUGGACUAUUACAGUUUAUAGAAGAUGUUUCUUUGUGCAAAAUUGGAAUAUUGUAUCACACUAAGAACAGAGGUGGAAUUAAUGUCACAGACGUGACGGACUCUCUGUAUGACGAAGAACUGAAAUUAAUGUCUGGGUUGUUGGGUAAGAUGAUCACAAUCUGGAUAUAUGUUAUCAUAUUAAUACGUAAAAUAUCUUGUGGGUUAUUAUUUUCUCUCUGUGUUUUUCUGUACAGGAUGGGACAAUGUAUACGUAGUCAUUGAUGACCUGGAAGACAGCAGUCCCAAUGAGAAAAAAAAGAUCUUGGACAACCAGCCAAGUAUUAAAAAAUAUGCAUGUGAGCUAAUACUUAUCUCAGAGACUGAGAAGAACAAUGAAUACAGUUUGCAUGAAAAAUUUAGACGGGUUCAACCUCUUGAGACCAUCAUGUCGACAACACUAUGAACAGUUUCUUAUGUUAUCCAUCUCUCCAGGAUCAGGAUUUAUCUUCUCCCAUAUAGUUAGCUUGGGAAAUUUUAAUAAACCCUGGACACUAAUAUUAUGUCCCACAGUUAUCCCUACAGAAUCCAACAUACAACCUGUUUUUGUUUUCAUCCCGGAACAUCUAAUGGAUAUAUCACUUUGAAGACAGACACAGUGAAGAGUUCUGAUCAUUUUUUGUCAGGUUUUUUAUUGUAUAUUUUAUGGUAGUCUUGCGCUAUUCUCUUACAGACUCAGCUAUAUAUACAGGAUCCUGUCUCAGUAACACCAACAAACUGACACGUACUAGAGUCUGGUGCUUUUUAUUGACUGUCCACUUUAUAUAUAUAUAUUGCACCAGUAAAUAGUAUUUGAAGUAUUGUAUGUCUGUGAGAAACAACUGUGGAGAUUAGACAAGCGAAAUGUAAAUUUUAAGCCAAUAUAUAUAUUAAAAGCCCUGCUAUUUAUUCCUAAAAUGUUCUAAUUUUCAUGAAAAUUGUGCACAAAUAUUUGUUUACCUCUUCACUAUCAAGCACUUUUUGUUUAAAAACAUAUAUUAGCAUAACAUUUAUUUAAACAAAGUGAUGCAUAGUUAUCAUAUUAAAAUAUAAUAAAACUGCAUUUAUUAUGAUGUGUUUGGAGUUGUCAUAAUUAGCUGGAGCAGUGUCCUUGGGGUCUAAUUCCCCCAUUUUGAACAAAACCUUUAAAUCCAGUCUUAUAUGAUUUGGUUCAUAAAGAGAUUUCAGAGACCAUGGUACAUCUAAAAAGAUUAACCAUGUCCCAUGAAAUGUGGAGCGUACCCAUAAACCCAGCAAUGACUAGUUUUAUCAGACAAUUCAUACAACCCACCUCACAUAAUGAUUAUGUAUUUCCAAAGAAGAAAGAUCAGUAAAUGUAUCUGCCUGUGACACCAUUGUGCCAAAGGUUAUUGAGGUCGAUGCCAUAUAAACAAAUUGCAAUCCCGAAAAAUAAUUAAGACGGAUAGCAAGAGCAUCAUGAUACUCAAUUAGCAAUUCCGUACCAGUAAUGACAAGUAAUAGGCAAUCUUAAACAAGCACAAUAAUCCCCUUGUGGGGAGCUUUUACAAGGGAGAUCACUUUCCAGGUCAUCCAUUCGGAGUCCAGUAAAAGGACGGUGUCUUUAUGAGAAACAGGAAGUUAGGAGGUUGGAUUAUCUUCAUACAAUUAUCCAUGUCCUCUCUAUCACUUCUUUUGAUAAUAUUUAUUGAGUGCCUGUCAUUUACCUCAUAUGGUAAUGGGGGACUGAUCACUUUUAGGUUGCUAGGAUAGUAUUCACUGAAGGCUAGGUGUUGUUUUGAUGACAGUUGCAGGAAAGGAAUAAGGGUGCUGGGAGAGAAAGCUGAAGAAGUGAAUUUUCAAAGAUUUUUUUGAAGGAGUGGAGACUGGUUGAGAGUCUAACAGAGAUGGGAAGGGCGUUCCAUAGGAACGGUGAAACCCUAGAGAAGUCUUGAAGGUGAGCAUCAGAGGUGGGAGUACGAACAGAGGUUAGCCGUAACAGAGCGUAGGGGCCUAGACCGGACAUACUUGUGUAUUAGGUAGAAUAGGUAGGUUGGUUGAAUAGGUAGAUUAAUAAUGAUUAACUACUAUCUAAGACAACUCAGACAAAAAUAUAUACUUCUACUUUUCCACGUCUCUUCUUAAAACCAUCGAUUUAAUAAACAUUAAAUUACAUAUAAAUGGGGAAAUAAUAACAGGAAGUAGUACUAUAAAGUACAAAUUCAUACUUUAGCUACUCACAUAUAACAUACACAUAUUAUAACAUACAAAUAUAUCGGAUACAUAUCGUUGACCCAUGUAUUGGGAAAAUAAUGCAAAUUAAGUGUUUUUGAGAUAACAUAAUGAACCACAAGAUGGCAGUAUUCUCCCAUAACACACUUAUGACUGUCUCUUUAUAUUGCAAUGUAAUUGAAGAUUAUGCUAGCGCAGUGUACUGAUAAUCUUAAUUUUAAUAAUGACAGGAGGCGAAUAUUUGCAUUAACUUUCUUUACUAGCUCCAUAGCAGCAAAGAAAAAAACUCUUAAAGAAAAGAACCAAUCAGAAUGAAACAGAGGAUAUAUAAACCCAUACAUAUCCCAUCAUUCCCUCUUGAGUAAUGCGACAUCACAAGUCCCAAAGAAAUAUGACAAACGUGUCAAAUCCAACUUGCUCCAGCUUGACGUAGUUAUUUCAUUGUUGAGAAUGAGAAGGAUUUUCAGUCACUCCGUCCUCCAUGAAGCUUGUUAAACUGAAAGGAAAGAGAGACUAGUAUCAGUGAUACGGAAUUAACCGUAGACCCCAAAUAUCUGAUUAGAAGUGUAAAUUCUCCGUCAUUCCAAUACGUCUCAUCCUACAAUACCCGUGAUCUUAUUGAACUACAAUAUCUAGAUAACCACACUCUCUAUUCUACAGCCCUUGAAACCCAAAUGCAACAACGGUUACCAUUAUCCCUAUGGAUCAUAACUUACCUCGUCGUUUGGGUGGGAACAUCAAGAGAAAGGGUGGGAAAAUAUUCGCCUCCUGUCAUUAUUAAAAUUAAGAUUAUCAGUACACUGCGCUAGCAUAAUCUUCAAUUUUAUAACAUGACAGGAGGCUUCAUAUUUGCAUUUUUAAAGCAUAGGCAGAAGGGAGAAUGCGGCAUUAGUCGACUGUCGGAAGUAAAAGGUCCGGAAUGUCGUUUCGCGUGACCAGUCCGCUGCUUGGAGAAUAUCCGCCAACUAUGCUCCUGCCAAAAAAGCUGAAGACGCCGCCGCACCUCGUACGGAGUGCGCUCCGAAGGACGAUUCCACCCCCGCCAGGGUGAGGAUCCAUCUAAUCCAUCUGGAUAGUGUGGUGGUCGACACUGGACCAUGAGGUUUCACGUAUGAUAUCAGUAGUUGUUGGGAGUUUGGUCGUCGUAGCGACCCCGUUGUCUCUAUAUAUGUUCUCAAUGCCCUAACCACACAUAGUUGGGGUUCCGAUGUAAAGAACGGGUAAAAUACCGACUUCGAAUCGGUCUUGGUUCUCCGGGAGAGUUGGAAUGUAACCCCAUCUGGGCCAAUAGAAAAGGCAUCAGCAUCAAACGCCCGUAUAUCUGAGACACGGCGAAAUGAAACCAGGCUCAGGAGGAAGGUGAAUUUCGCCGUCAGCUGUUUCAAGGAUAAGUGUUCAUUUGAAGGCCAUUCCUUCAGGAACCGGAGCACCACCUCCACAUCCCAGAGAUGGUGAUAUUUUGGUGUCGGAGGGCGUCUCAUUUUAAUCCCCCGUAACAGACGACAAACCAAAGGGUCUUGUCCGAUUGCUCUCCCCUGUGACGGAACGUGAGCUGCAGAUAUGGCUGACCGGAGGACGUUGAUGGUGCGAUACGAUUUACCUUCUGCGAAGAUGGAUGAGAGAAAAUUCAAUAUCUCGGGUACAGGAGCCGUAAAGGGAUCCAAACUCCGUCCCACGCACCAAUUGGACCAAGUUCUCCAUGCCGAUAGGUAGUUUCUCCUAGUUCCCGGGGCCCAUGAAUCCCACAGUAGGUCCCUAGCUGCCGCCGAUAAUCCGUGGGUGUCCCAUGCGCCCCUGAAAGCGUCCAGGCUACCAGCUGUAGGUGAUCGUCCAGAAGCAUGGGGUGUGGGUUGCCCAGUGGAUCCUUGAGCAGGUAUGGAUCGUUCGGUAGGAGGAGUGGGUCGUUGCACGAUAAUUCGAGUAGGUCGGGGAACCAGGGCUGGCUCUGCCAUAAUGGCGUCAAUAGUGUUAGCAUCACUCCCCGUUGUUGAACGUGAUGAAGUACUCUCGCAAUCAGUGCGAAUGGAGGGAAGGCAUACGCCCCUUGACUUGGCCAGUGUUGAGUGAAUGCGUCCACCGCUAUGCACUCCGGGUCCGGGAGCCAGCUGUAAAAUCUCGGUAGUUGACGGUUGCUGCGUGACGCAAAGAGGUCGAGGGUGAAUGGUCCCCUCUGUUCGUUCAGUUGCGCGAAUAUCUUGGGGUUCAAUCGCCAGUCGCUGGCGUCUCUCCAAUGUCGUGAGUACCAAUCCGCGGUCAAAUUCGAUUCCCCUGGUAGGUGCUCGGCCUUGAUCGAGAUGUUGCGUGGGAGGCAGUAGUCGAAGAUCUCCUUCGUCAGGUUGGCUAAUGUUUGUGAGCGAGUCCCUCCUAGAUGGUUGAUGUAGCGUACUGCGGAAAAGUUGUCCAUCCGCAAGAGGAUACAGCAGUUGGAUUGUCCUUUUGUCAGGCUGCGAAUGGCGAAGGAUCCAGCUAGUAACUCCAAACCGUUGAUGUGCAUGGUGAGUUCCUGGUUCGUCCAGAUCCCGCCUGUGGACGUAGAUCCAUCCGUGGCGCCCCAUCCCCAUCGGCUCGCAUCGGAUUCCAGAAUGAAGUCCGGGUGGCUGCCAAAAAUGGCUCGACCAUUCCAUGCCUGCAUGCAGUUGAGCCACCAUUAGAGUUCCUGGCGGACCUCGUCCGUCAGGGGAACCGGCUGGUUGUAUGUGGGGUUCUGCCUGAGGAAGCGGGCUUUCAACCGUUGCAUGGCCCGAUAAUGUAGUGGUCCUGGAAAGAUGGCCUGGAUGGAGGAGGAUAGCAGACCCACAAUCCGUGCUAGCUGGCGGAGGGGAAUGGACUCGAGUUUGAGGACGUUGCGUAUCUCUUUUCUGAUGGCCGUUACUUUGGUCCUCGGCAAAUGCAGAGUGCAGGAUCUGGAGUCUAUGUCGAAGCCCAGGAAUUGAACCGUGCGUUUGGGAGUCAGUGCAGAUUUCUCUCUGUUGACAAUAAAUCCCAGCGAUUCUAUCAAUUGGAUCGUGUAUUCGGUGUGACGUGACGCUUUGUCGCUUGUGUUGCAGAAGAUGAGUAUAUCGUCCAAAUAGAUGAUACAUCUGAUGCCUCGAGCCCUGAGGUGAGCUACCACUGGUUUCAGCAUUUUCGUGAAGCACCAGGGGGCUGAGCUGAGGCCGAAAGGGAGGCAGGUGAAUUGCCACGGGGAUCCGUGCCAGAGGAAACAAAGUAGUGGCCAGCUGUCUAUGUGAAUAGGAAUUGAUAGGUAUGCGUCUUUGAGGUCCAGAUGCGUAAACCAGUCCCUUUCUUGUAGCAAGUCCCUUAGAAGGUGAAUGCCUUCCAUCUUGAAAUGGCGGUAGACCACGUGGGCAUUCAGGUCUCGUAAACUGAUCACCGGUCGGAAGUCUCCGGUCUUUUUUCGCACGAGGAACAUGUUGCUGAAAUAACCCCCCGGGGAAUGUGCGGGUUGUAUCGCCCCCUUCCUGAGGAGUUCGUCCAGUUCCAACUCGAUGAGUUGGGAGUCCGUGGUGGUGAGGCAUAGGGGCCGUGGAGGCCCGUGUUGCACGGGGCGCGACUGCAGUUCGAUGCGAUAGCCCCCGACCGUUUGCAACACCCAUGCGUCCGUGGUGAGACCUGCCCAAUUCUGGGAAAAAAGAGAAACACGGCCGGCAGUCAUGGUUAUUAAAGACAUAGGUGUAUUUGGUUUCCUUACCUGUGGGAAAUCGUGCGCGGGUACAUCCGCGGGCUCCCCGGCCUCUAUCUGUUCCCCUUUGGAAGUGGGAGUAAGACUGCCUCGUUCCGGAAUCCGGGUAGGACAGUUGAGGUUAAAACUGUUGCGGAGGUCCAGUGCGGGGGCCCGAUGGCCAGAAGCGGCUGGUGGCACGGCCCCGCUGCCGACCAGCCCUUGAAAAAACACCCCUGGAGGGGUUGCCCCUGAAGACCUUUCUCAUAGAGGUACGAGCCUUGUUUAGGGACGUGAACACGUUCACGUGUUUAUUGAGCUCCUUCAUAAACGCCUCUCCGAAAAGUUUGCCCUGUGCCAGGGGGCCUAAUUCUUUUAUCCCAAGGUCGGCCAGCUUCGGGUCAAUUCGAAACAGUGCUGCGCGGCGCCGUUCUGUUGAAAGGGCCGCAUUCGUAUUCCCCAGGAAGCAGAAGCCCUGCUGGGUCCACUCUCUAAUAUCAUGCGCCCAGGUGCGCACCAUGUCCGCGGUAAACGAGUCCGCUCUGGUAUAGGCGUCAUCAGCCAAAUACAUCACUCGGGCCAGCGGCCCCAUCGCAUCUAGGAGCUUGUCUUGUGCCCCUUUAAAGCUCCGUUCGAUCCCCCUGCGUGGAUCGCGACCACCCCGUUCCAUAAACGUCAGCAUUAGCUGGUCAAACUCUGGCGUAAACGCCACUUUGUCUGGCAGGGAAGGUCUAGGGCACUCAGCCCGCAUCCUCUUGCGGACGUGCUUCUCGAGCGGUUUCCGAAUCCAGAAGUGCAUGAACUUCACCAGGUGGUCGGGUGGAGCCCACUCCCCGCAGCGGGGGUGGCGGAUGUUCCUGGGAUCGAACAUGCGUUGUCCCGUAGUAUCCAGGAAUGUCUCUUGCUCCUGGCUAGCAGAUGUCGUGGAAGACUCUGCCAAUCCUGUCUUCUGGGGCUCACCCAGGAAUGUUUCUGUGACAUAGGCGUUGGAUCCCCAAUCGCCGUCGUCCGAAUCCGACGCCUCUGCCUGCCACUCAUCCAGGACGGACAGGGUAUGGGGCAUCUCACCUUCCUCCUCCGAGGAGGCGUCGGGAAAUGUUGUAGGCACGGGUGUUAUCGGUGCAUGGCGCUUGAGAGGCGCCUUGCCCUUUUUUGGGGCUUUCCGAGACCCUUCGCCCUUCCAGUGGCGUUUCGUCGGGCGGUGCCUCUCUGGGGAGGAGUCAUCGGAGUCACCGGACUCGUCCCUGGGGCGACUAGACUUGCCAGGCGGCUUGAGGGUGUCAGAGGCCGUCGGGAGUACCAGUGCCAUGGCCUUUUCCAGUGAUGCGGCUACCGCCGCAUUAAUCAUGGCUUGCAUCUGGUCCGCGGAAAUCUGUGUCUCCUUUUCCAUGUUAUGAAUUAGCUGGCCGGCACAGGGCGGAGAGGUAUGGGGACGGUAUGGGAGGGUAUGAAUAAGAGGCCGGCGGCCGGUUAGGGUAUAACGCUUAGUAGCGUGAAAGUCGGACUCGCACUGGGGCUCACCCAGCAAAGAGGGAAGUUGCUUUAACAAAUUCCCGUAAGCAGCACUGAUGUGGGGGCUCACCCCGUGCCAGGUUACUAGUACAAAACUGACUGGCAAAUCCACUCCCAAAGGGUUAACAAACCCAAAAUAUACAGGUCCCCUUUAAGGCUCUAACAGUAAAACUCACUUUUGCAGCAGAUUUAGCAGGCAAACCCAGGAGCUCUCCAGAACACAGGCUCAUUCCACAGCAACACAGCACCCACAAAAUGGCCCCCGCGAUUCUCGCGAUGUCUGGCCCUUUAAAAGCCCGGGAAAAUUGUGCAGGGCUAAAUGGAGGCAAAAGUGCGUUCGGCAAGUUUAUUCGAAUAAACUGCCGAAUGCAGGUAUGUGCACAUACACCUCCGUUCGCGCUGAAAUGCGAACGGAGGAGUCCACAAUGGGAAGAAGGCUUCCGUUCGCGCUUUGUGUUAAAGCGCGAACGGAGGCAGCACUGGGUGAAACAAAACCUCCGUUCGCGCUAUGUAUUGCGCGAACGGAGAGGAGUCAGUAAGGAGAGGGAGAAGGCUUCCGUUCACGCUUUGUAAAGCGCGAACGGAGGCAGCCCUGGACCUCCCUCGAGCCCUGACUGACAGCAGGGCGGGAAGUACAACCUCCGUUCGCGCUCAGUAGUGCGCGAACGGAGAAGAGGCAGCACUGGGAGGGCGGCUGUAUAGAGGCAGCCCUCCGUGUGUAUGCUGCCUCAGCCUGCCCGGCUCCGUGCACACAGCAGUGUGAGCCGGGCGGUAGACAAAGGUGGCGAACGUUGCCACUGGGGGGAGGGAGGGAGGGGAGUGGGUUGUGGGGAGAGAGGGGGGAUACCCUCAAGGAACUAAUCUGCCCCACAACAGUGAAGGAGCCCCUAAUUAAAGGAGCCCUCAAGCAUGAAAGGAGCCCUUAAUUAAAGGAGCCCUUAAUUAAAGGAGCCCUCAAUUAAAGGAGCCCUCACUACCCCCACUACAAAUACCACAAUCAGUUAUCUAAAACCGUAAAUAAUGAAAAUUAAACAAUAGUAAACAGAAGUAGUACUCUGACCUGUACUUGUGAUGGAGCAGCAAAGAAAGAGGGAAUGAUGGGAUAUGUAUGGGUUUAUAUAUCCUCUGUUUCAUUCUGAUUGGUUCUUUUCUUUAAGAGUUUUUUUCUUUGCUGCUAUGGAGCUAGUAAAGAAAGUUAAUGCAAAUAUGAAGCCUCCUGUCAUAUUAUAAAAUUAAUAGAUUAGGGCAGUGAUGGCGAAACCAAAUUAUGUAUCACAAAGAUUGCAAUUAAACACAAAAAUAGAUGGGGUUUUAAUAAAAAAAAAAAAUAACACAAAUAUCUAAACAAAUUAGCUUUGUCGAUAAUUGUGGACCAAUCUUUGGUCUUAAAUAUGACACACACACACACAAAUAUAUAUACAUAUAUAUACACACACACAUAAGGUUUUUAAGUAUAUAUAUAUAUAUAAAAUAGAUGAUAGCUUGGCACUCGCCUUACCAGGAUUUAGGGUGCGAUAUAGCUUGGGUGCAAUCCAAAUGCAUCCAAUAUAUAAACAGGAGAAAGUCAGGAUGCACACUCAGGUCUUUAAAUCAGUGCAAUGUGAUUUAAUCAAUAAUCAGGCAUUCAACAAAUAGAAUCAACGUUUCGACCCCAGCGGGUCUUUUUCAAGAUUACUGCCUAUGCAUAAAUAAUGUGUAUAUAUAGCAAAAGUAAUGCAUUAAUCAAUUAGCUUACCAAUUAAUGGAGUGUAAUCCCUCUCCCCGAUACAACCCGGAAGUGUACUGAGACCGCCAAUGACAUCAUCAUGUCUAGACGUACGGCGGAUUAAAGCGUGGUUACUAUGGAAACCGAAAUCACCACUGUGCAGGACGUAAAUCCUGUAAUUAUGUGACAGGUGAAAAACAAACCGUGCUAUGUACGACCAAAGAGUCAGAAGGAGGAUAAAAAUAAAGAAUACUAAUUUCUUAGUAUAUAGCCACCAUAAUCAGGGAGAGAAAGAGUGCAAAUAAAGUGAAUGUGUGGACAAAAAGUAAAAAACGUGAACAUAAGUGUCAAUAAAUAAAUGGUGCAUUUGCAAAUCCCUGCAAUGGCAAAUAUAUGCAAUAACAGGACAGAAACAUUUCAUUCAUUAUGUACAUAUAAAUCCAAAAUAAUGAUCAGUAAUAAUAAUUUAAAAGAAAAAUCAAACUAGUUAGAUCAGGGUCUUCCUAUGUAUUAGCAUGCAUGCCAAGCAUAUGAAUACUGUAUGUAACUCUUACAGGAAUCUUACACUGAAUUACCUUCAGGGGUAUAUCUAAGAAAAGUUAUCAAGGUAAAAACAGAGACAAAGGUCUAAAUAAAAAUAAGUGUAUCUUUUUUAAGGUAUCACACCAAAGCAUAUAAAUGCUGUCUACAUUAAGCAUAAGCAAGACCUGUAUACAGGAAAAAGGAUAGUGACAAAAGAAUAAUGAAGAAAUUGCAGCUACCAUCUCAAUUAUAGCAACCUAUGGCAAGCAAACUGGCCAACUGAGGAAGCGGUGGAAACAUGUCAAGCAUAUGAAUGCUAUCUGUAACUUUACCGGGUGUAUUAAACUAGAUUAUCAAAUUAGAUAUACAUAUAAGGAUUAUUAGAGACAGGGCUCUUAAUAAGUGUGUUUCUUUUAAGAAAUAUCACACCCAAGCAUGUGAAUGCUGUCUACAUUAAACAUAGAAAAAACUUAUACAAUGGAAAAAACUGCGAUUACCAUCUCGCUUGGAGCAACCCACAGCAUGCAAACUAGCCAAGUAAAAUGGCAGUAUAUAAAAUAACAAACGUAUGUGAAUAAUAUCCCAAUAGGGGAAAAACGUGGCUAAGGGUAGAACAGUCAUAGCAGGUACAAGCCUCUAGCUUAAAUCACCUAAUGAAUACGAAGACAUCUUUCAACACAAGAGGAGACAUAGUUGUGUAUAUGCAUACGUCAAUUAUUUACAAUAUUUACAGUGUUAGAGAGAACAGAGAUGAUGGUCUUGAUAGAUUAAGUAUUAUAAGAACAUAGACUAUAUAACAUUUUCAUUUAGACCCUUAGGGGCUACUGUGUCCAAUUGGUAAAUCCAAUACGCUUCCCUCUGUCAGAGCCUUUUAGAUCUAUAAAAUAAUGACAAUAGAGUUUAAAUGCAUGACACUCCCAUAUACAAACAUACAACCCCUUCCCUCUGCCUGGGAGAUAAUUACAUCAGAUACUGUAUUAAGUCAAUUAUCUCAGGCAGCAAAACACAUAUUUUUAUAAAACCCCAAAAGUACCUUUAAAACUCAUGGAAACCCCAUAAAAUAUAUAUCCCCUGAUAGCCCCGAUUUGGGUGAAUAACAUAUCCAAAAAUCCCCCAUAUCGGUUCUGGGGUUCAGGAUUUCCAUGAAGGUCUUAUUUUAACCGACCGCAUACAAAAUUACUGCCUGAAAAGAGUUCCAGGAAAUCAGGCUGUGUGGUCGGUCUACUUCAAGGAUUCGAAGCAGAAUAUAAAAUACCGAACGUAUAGCUUUGAGAGUAGGCUCAGUUUAUAUUUCUCGCUCGGGAGUUUAUUCCCACCGAACGUCGUUCGAUUCCCAUUUGAAUAGCCGAACAUCAGUGUAAGGUAUGUGUUUAGCAGUGUUCGUGCCAUCGAGUGUCCGAUUUGAGUUCCAUACACUCAACGACCAAACCCCGCUCACUGGGCUUGCGGCUUAAGAUGGCCGCCGCCACAUGUUCGAAUACCAGCCGACUACUUCGAAUCGCUUUGGGAGUUCGAAGUGCCGCUUCGAACCGCUUCAAGAAUUCAAAGUGUAAUCAUACAAAUCCAGAAAGGCACAAACAGUGUCUGUAAGCAAGGUUUAUCACAGGGGCCAUAGUUACAGGGCAGGAGGCUGGCAAGCAGCCCCUUUUGUCUUGGUGUAACUAGACCUUUAGUGUUCUAGGUAUUCCUCCCAGGAUUGCCAAACCUUUGCGAAGGCUGACUCUGUGCUUCUAACCUGGGCUGUCAGUUUUUCGAUUAGAUAGUUAUCUUUUAUUUUAAAAAUGACCUGAUCCAUGGUGGGUGUGACAAUCGCUCCUUCCCACGUACGUUUGCCAUGGACUCCUGGAGGAGUCUGGAAGCCGGCCUUCUGCCCACCGACUAUGGUCCAGGUCUGGUACACCGUUUGGGAGUUACCAUGCCCAGCCGCCAUUAGUAGCUUUCCCUGGGUGCCCUUGGUUUGGCUCUUUCCCUUGUGAAUGGAACCGAAAGCUAGCUCUCAUGAACUAAACCGAUGUAUAGUCCUCAAUGGUACUUAGCUGCGACUGCCAUGGAACUAAUUUUGGCAUGAGGACUUUGUGGGUUCCUGGUCACCUCAGCGCAACUUUGCUGCGAAUGUUAUCGUACUGUUUUCGACAUGAGGUGACCGUGCAGUUUCUGGACAACUUGGUUUGCGGUUUUGAACUACUUCCACAAUCCGCUAGGAGAGCGCUUUUUGGAGGGAAGGUGCCUAAGACUAAGGGGAACAACUGCUACCUAAGAACCAAGCGGAGCACCCUGUAUUGCAGCCACAGGAGCACCCGAUAGUUGACCGGCAAAAGCACCAUACUCCCUGGAACUAUUUCGGGUAUAGGACCACGUGUGCGGCCGGUCAGAACUUUAACACGAUGGAGUUCCCCCUACACUGUAUGGAUCUCAGCGCUAUUCGUAGAACUUGGCUGCUCAGAUCAGGGCUAUUUAAAGAUAUAUUAUUUGUGGGGUUAUGAUAUAUUUUUAUGAUGUUUUGAGGUGUUUUUAAGUUUUUAUAUUUUUGUGUUUUGCUCUCUGUUCCUGGGAGAUAAUUAGCGUACCGAUCUAUAACGCAAUUAUCUCCCAGGCCUAGAAAUUUUGUGGGGGGCUUGUGCUGAAUACAAUGAAGACCUCUGUGCAUAAGGGCUUUGUUGCCUUUAAGGGCUGAUAUGGCCAGAUCAACCUCCUCGCAGGUGAUUGGGGCCCCCAGGGCAUCAAUGAGGUUGACUUUAGUUGUUGGUAAUCUUAUUUUGUCAAGACAAGCCUGUACUGACAGUGUGUAUUCUACAUUGUUACUGGUCAUUGUGGGUGAGUGAUUACAAAACAUGUGUAAAGUAGUCAGUAAAGACUUUGUUAAAGUCUACUGGAUUGGUGACUAUGUUACUUUGGGUGUCUUUGAGUGCGGUGAUCAAAUUGUGUUUUUGCCUGGGCUUCAGGGCUUGGGCCAAGAGUGUAUCUACGUUAUUGGAUCUUUCAUAAAAGAGCCUCUUGGUUUGCAGAAGGUCCCUCCCCAAGACCUCUACGGCUAGCUCGCUAAGCAGUUGUCGGAUUCCCUUAGCUCCACUAGUUUCAGAGGGGUCAGCGUUUGUUUGUGUUGCAUUUCCGCUUUGCGUAGUGCUUUUUGUAGCUCAAACAUUCUCUCAGACAUGCACUUUUUACCGGCUGUGGCUAGCUUAAUUAAGAAGCCUUGGAAGACUACUUUGUGGAUGGCCCAUAUCAUUGUGGGGGCUAGCUCGGGGGUCUGAUUGUUUUGGAAAUAGAUUUUGAUUUCCGAGCGUACUUGCUCAGUUGUCUCUUGAUCCCUGAGGAGACGGCUAUUAAGUCUCCAUUUCCACAGUGGGCACGCCCCUGGUAGCCGGAGGUGGUGUCCGAUAUCAGCGUGGUUGGACCAUGAUAUCAGAUUUACGCUCGCGGUCUGGGUAUAGUGCAUGCCAUUUGGCUGAUUUAAAAGAGGUCAAUACGUGAAUAGGUGAAGUGGGCUUCUGAAUAGAAGGUGUAAUCUUUUGUACUGGGGUGCUGGAGUCUCCAUGUAUCCAAUAACCCGUGUGGGUGAUACAUUUUUGCAAUAGUUUAUCCUGACCCCCAGGGGCGUACCUAGAGCAUUUGGCACCCGGGGCGGAUCCUGUGCUUGGCACCCCCUGGCCCCCCCAUGUGACAUCACAAUGCCCCACCCAUAUGAUCUGCCAUGUUAACUAACGCCAGUGCUGCAGUGCUGCCGUAUUUACAUUAAAAUGCCUGCAGGGACAGGCUAUAGACACCAGAACCACUACAUUAAGCUGCAGUGGUUCUGGGGACUAUAGUGUUUCUUUAAUGUGAGGUAAAUUAGAGCUUAGUGCCACGAAUAAUAAACUAGAUUGCCUACUUACAAGCAGAUGAGGAUGAUGAUGGGCUCUAGCUGCCAUCUGGCUCCACUGGUCUGGUGCAGAACAGGCUCUCUGGAGGCUGUUUGUAACUGUGGUCACAAAAAUCAAUGUUCUCAGCUCCAUUUUUUGGGGGGCCUUUACACAGCUCAAGGUCUGGGUCCCAGGGUCCACCUUCAUGUUCCACCAAUGAGUUUGAUCAUAGGGGGUGGAAUGUGUAGGGAAUGUUAUAUUAGUGAUAUCCCAAACGGUUCGCCGAACGGUUCACUAACGGUUCGCCACGAACGGUUCACCACGGACUCCAGUCAGCAGACACAUUCCAGUCAAUCAGCAGCAGACCCUCCCUCCCAGGCCCUCCCACCUCCUGGACAGCUCACUAAGAAUGCAGCUUCAAAAUGGAUGCUGUCCAGGAGGUGGGAGGGUCUGCUGCUGAUUGGCUUGAAUGUGUCUGCUGACUGGAGUCCGUGGCGAACCGUUCGUGGUGAACUGUGGCGAACCGUUCGCAAACCAUUCGCGAACCGUUCGGCAAACCGUUUGGGACAUAACUACUUGAUAUGUGUGUAAGGAAUGCAUUGUGUGAAUCUGUGUUUGUAUGUGUAAGGGCUGCAAGGUGUGUUUCUGUGUAUGUGCGGAAUGCAUUGAGUGUGUGUAAGAGGUUCAUUGAGUUUGUGUGAUGAAUGCAUUGUGUGUUUCUGUGUAUGUAAGGGAUGCAUUGUGUGUAACGGUUGCAUUGCUUGUGUAUGUGUGUCUGUGUGUGUAAUGCAUUGUGUGUUUUUCUGUGUGCAAGUGGUGCAUUGUGUGUGAUGAAUGUCAAUCUCUCCCUCCCUCCAAUUUCCUUCUCUCCCCCUCCAAUUUCCUUCUCUCCCCCCCAAUUUCUUUUUUCCCCAUCCCAAUUUCUUUCUUCCCCCUCCCAAUUUCUUUCUUUAUCCCCCCAAUCUUUCUUAAUCCCCCAAUCUCUUUCUUUAUUCCUCCCCCCAAUUUCUUUCUUUAUUCCUUCCCCCCAAUUUCUUUCUCCUUCCCAAUGUCUUUAUUUCUCCCCCUCCCAAUUUCUUUAUUCCUCCUCCCUCCCAAUUUUUUAUUCCUCCCCCUCCCAAUUUCUUUAUUCCUCCCUCCCAAUUUCUCCUCCCCUCUUUAUUUCUUUAUUCCUCCCUCUCCCCCCUCACCUUGUUGUAGCGUGGCCGAGCUCUGUAUGGUCUGCGGGUACAGGGAGCUUUUGUUUCCAGUACCCGGCCGGACUAACAGGAAGUGCACACUGAGUGCGUACUUCCUGUUUGUCCGGGGUACAGGAGACAGAUGCUCCGUGUACCCGCGGACCAUAGAGGGCUCGGCCACGCUACAGCAAGGGAGUGACAGGAGGGAGUGCUGAGCGUUUCCCUCCUGUCAGCCCCUCUCAUGCUGCGCCCGGGCGGGCAAAGCUGCAGCCGCCUGAGGCUCUCUACAGAGCGCUCAGGCGGCUGCAGCAUGAGGGGGGGCGGCACUUCUGGUCAUGGCACCCCCCACCCUGGUGGCACCCGGGGCGGACGCAUGAAUCUCCGCCUCCCCAUUAGCACGCCACUGCUGACCCCCCUGCCCUGGGAUUUCAGCUGACUGCAGUCAAUCGUUGGGCACAGCGUCUCGCUAAGGUCUCCUACCACCACCAACACCCAAUGGGGGAGUGUUAAAACAAGAUUGCCUAAGUUGAUCCAGAAAUCUGCUCUCGGGUUGUUAGGUGCAUAUACAUUGAUCAAAUGAUAUGUCGUGUUAUGGAUGGUUCCCGUGAGGAUUAGGUAUCUACCGUCUGUGUUAGUUUGUGUUUUCUGCACCUGAAGCGGGCAGUUUUUGUGUAAGACUUUCCACGCCAUGCCUCUUAGUCUGAGCUCUGGAUACAUAGGCCCUGGUGUAGACGUGAUGCGCUACUUGACCCUGGAAUGAGCGCUGUAUAUGAGUUUCUUGUAUGAAUAUGAUACCAGCUCAUUGCCUCUUUAGCUCUCUGAGGGGAGCAUCAUAUUAGGGAUGUUCACCCCAUUGACGUUUAGUGAUGUAAGGUUAAGUGUCAUCGGUCUUGUUAGGGUGACCUGCUGAUGCCAGUCGAGUGCUUAGGAGUGACUGUGUCAUUCUAAACCUUCGUCUCUGAUCUCCCACCCCCAGUAGGGAGGAGGGGAAGAGGGUAGGGAGGGAGAGGAGAGUGAGAGGGGUUAAUAGAAGGAGGAAGAAGAAACAGGAAAGAGAAAAGCAGUAGCAUUUGUGUAACAUGAAUGAAAAUCAGUCAUAACUUUGUCAAACAUUAUAAGGAAAAUGCCGGUCUUAUCUGUGGCCAGGCCAAUUGGGGGUGGCUACCUGUUUCGCGGGGGAAGUCACCUACCCCAGGACAGAUAUCGAGCACCCCAUCGAAAUACCUAAAAAUGGUGGUAUGGUUCCAUAAACAUGUAUACAAUACAAUAAAAUGAAAUAACAGGAACACAAGUCCCCAACCCUUCUCUAUUUAGCUAUCCAGUAUCCAGGCAGGAAUACAAUGUACCCCUUCAGUUUCUGUGGGGAACACCACUUUCUCCUCGCCACCAAUGGUUCAACUCAAACUAAGACUAACUGUGGAAACCAUUACAGUCUGUUUCAUGGUCAAACUUGCAUGUCUGAAGCUCCAGUGUAUCUGCCCUUGCUGGGUGCUUGUACAGGUCAGGCAUGCUGCUCCAUCCAUUCUCGUGGCAAAAGUCCCAAACUGCUAGGGCCUCUGUGUGGCAUUUGUAGGUAUUGGGGCACUUCAAUACCCAGGUCCCUCAGGAACGCUUUAGGGUCAGCAGAAGGGAGCCAUACAGCUGGCUUCGGGCCGUUAAAGACAAGUAUUUUAAAGGGGAAUCCCCAGGCAAACCGCAGUCUCUUGGCCCUAAAGAGAUCUGCAAUUGGUUUCCAUUCUCUCUAGCGUCCUAAUGUCCUGGAAUAGGCCAAUUUCAUGAUUCUCAUGCUUGAAGUUGUGUUUCUCGAUUUCAUCAUUGACUCCUUCGUGGAGAAAAAGUGCCAGCGCAAUAUGACAUCUCUGGGUGGGCUGUUUUCAGCGGUCUUGCUUGCAGAACCAGAUGUACCCUGUUGAUGAGCCAUAGCUAGUCUGGCAUGUCAGGCAGGCGUUCCUUUAAGCAGGUCAGCAAACUGUGUUCCAGGUUGGCAUCCCUCACACUCUCAGGUAGGCCCCUUACUCUCAUAACUUUUUUUUGUACCUCUUGGAGGCGGUUUGCAUCUGGGUGUGUGCCGGGUGUGUAUGGCAAGCAGAGUCAUAUGAGCCGGGAGAGCCUCUGGAGGCAGAGCGUGUCUGGCUGGCGCCAUCUUGGAAGGUGACGGGUGAGGGCCACUGUGCACCCAGCAUGUCUGGCAUGGAAGGUGCGUUACCUUUAGGUUUUUUUUGCAAUUUGCGGCUGGACAUGUUCAGGCACUGUUCGGGCAGUGUUCCCGUUAGUUAUCUGCUGUUAGUGUCGGGGUAAUAACUGUUUACAGGGCGUAUGUGGAAUCUCGGGUGCGGGGCACUCUGACGAUGCGGCCAUUACUCUCGGCGGUCAAGCCAUGCCCCCCACCCUCUUGGUUUUUGUUGAUAGAAGAUGUGUACAAUGUGUUUAUCUGACUGCUGGGGAAUCAGAGGAAACCUGAGCUUAAAUAACACGACUAGAGGUAAAUGGAUGCUCCUUUAUGAUUUAAAUAAACCCUAGACAUUCCUCUCCAGCCAAAAUAAUUCCUUCCUGGAUAAUAAACAGUUUAUAAUAAAGGGUCAGAGUGCGAUAUGAGAAUUAUUUUACUGGGGUAUUGAAAUGCCAUAGAAUUAACAACCAGGGACAAAGUGCAUCAAACACACAACCUUCCUGGAGAAUGUAACAAACACACAAUAUCUGGAGAGAAUAACAAACACACAAUAUCACUGAGUGACAACACCAGGCUCUGGAGGGUGACGGACAGACAGACGAUAACAUCCCAUUACUGAUAUACUGAACAUAUCGGUUUUAUUGGAGUGAGGACAGAAUUCUUGAUUUAAUAAUCUCUUUUCCAGGACAGCGAUUACUCUGCGCAGCGGGUUCUGUGUGAGAUCAACAGCAUGCAAGAGGAUCCAGAGACUGGUAUAGGGGCAACACCAGGCUCUGCAGAGGAUGCAUGGAAAUCAUACAAUGAAAGGAAUAAACCUGUCCAGCCACAUGGAUUAAAAUCAGAGGAAUCGCCCGCUGGAGUCCCCCAGGUCUCUGUAUCUGGGUCACCUACUGAGCCUCCAGAGAAUGAGCGCACUGGGUGAGUACAUCUGUCAGAUGAUACAAUAUUUACCAUUCAUUCACUGAUCAUUCACUGAUCAGCUGGCUCUUACUGGCAUUCCUACACAGGACACAAUGUUUAAUAAUCAGAUUAAUCUUUACUCUAUACAGACAUUGAUACCUCUUCCUGUGCAGAUUGAUAAUAAUAAAGUUGUAAAAUAAAUUGCUUAAAGUUCAGAGAAACUCAGAGUAAAAUUCUGUUUGAUACACCCCCACCCACCCCAUGGUCCAUGCGCUGUUUGUAUUGUAAUAUCCAUUCUAAGCCCACUGCCCUCUAAUAAUACUGAGGACAGUUAUAGUUUAAUUAUUUGUUUGUGUUUUCCAUAAAGAAUACAGUGAGGUUUAUCCUGGAUUCACGUUGUUCUGGGCGCCCAGUGAACAUUGGCCAUAGAGUUUGAAAGGGUUAGAAAGUGCUGCCCGGCAGUAUGAGGAGUUCCCAAUCAGUUAUUUAAUUUCCGAUGUGAUCCCUAAAGAUCUACAAUGAUAACUGUGACUGAUUUAACACGGGGGAGUCUAUGAAUGAUAAUUUGUAUUUACUAAAGUGAAAAUUGUCAGGAAUCUAAAGUCGAUUUGAAAUGGUGGCCAAAACAGGCAAACUGGGAAAAUCCUGAAAGUCAGCUGUUUUCAUUUUAACUGUUUUUGCCUAGUAUGUUACAUUUACUUUUAAUUUAAUUUCAAUACUUAAAAAUUCCCACAUAAGCGAAUAAACCGGAAUAGUGAAUAAGUCUGUCAGGGAUUGUGAUUAAAGGGACACUGUAGGACCUAUUUUAUCUCUUUGAAUUGGUUAUGGUGCCUGGAGUCCUCGGGCUAGGUCUUCAUGUGUAACACGUAACCUGAAUGUUUGAUAAAUAGACUAAGGGCCUUUUUUUUUAUCAUAAGGUUUAUACAAUGUAAACAGCACAGAUCACUGACAGUAGCAUGAAUCUCACCUUAUAUUCACACCCUAUGAAAAAUCACCAGAAGCUUUAAUACAAUUUGAAAUCUUCAUCUUUAAAUACAAUUCCUUCCUCGCUAUGUACUAACAUCAGAUUCUUGCUGACAUUUAGCUGACAGAGAGAUUGAAGUAUAAGGAAAUUAUCAAAGGGCAAAAGCAAUGAGACAGCGAGCCUGCAAGAUGGAACAAGUUAAUGAUUCAUAAAAUCUCACAUUUAUCAUUCUAUAAUUUCUUUACACCCGACUCUCCCUGUGCUGGCAUUUAGCUUAUAAAUCUAACUCUCUUCGUAUUAUGUGGUUUAGCAUUUUUUCUAACUUUAGUGACAAAAAGCCACAAAUGUAUCCCAAAAUACACAAGCAUGGCUCAGCAGAGAUAUUUUAAAGCAUUUUCCAAUGUUUUAAUGUUAUUUAAAAUGACCUGUAUAAUGUACAAACAAAGUGUGGCCACGUUGUGUUAGAGCCCACCAAUACUGACAGUAUACUCCAUGGAUCCUAUCCUAUGUUUCGAGGGUGUAGUGUUAGAGUUAUUAUUAUCAGUAUUGCCAUUUAAUUUAUAUAGUGCCAACAGAUUACGUAGAGCUCUACAAUAUUAUGAGAGGGGGGAUUUAACAAUAAAUAGGACAAUUACAAGAAAACUUACAGGAACGAUAGGUUAGGGAUAAGGAUGUAGAUAUAAGGGUAGCAUUAUGCUUAGAGGGUUGAUGCAGUGUUAGGCUUGGGGUAGAAUAUGGGAGAGAUAUUAGAGUGAGUUUUUUAUUUUAUUUUAUUUAGUUAUGUAGAAAUUAGUAUAACCAUUUUUAAAUAACUUAUUAAUGCUUUUUUGUAUCAAGCACAUACAUACUCUAAAGAGUGCAUUUUAUGUCCUUUUACAUAUAUAUAUAUAUACAUGCAACAUCUGUAGGUGCACUUAACCGGAAAACAUCAAAUUAUGGUCGAUUGGUGGUCACAGACACAUCUAAUCUUAGAAGAGACUGGGUCCUUAAAGGGACACGUAUCACUUGAUAAUAUUUUUUUUAUUUUUUAACCAACAAGUAAACAUUUUUACAUAAUAUACUGGAGCGGAUUGCAUUUUGUUGUCCCUAACUAUUAUGGUUGCAACGUUAUUUCCCUAUCGUUUAUUCCUUUGGAUACAAUGUAUUAUACAAAGCAUUUGUCUGGUUGUUCGGUAGAAAUGCAAGGGAUACCCAAUUGAAUAUCUCCGUUCGAUAUACGAACAAACUACCGAACAACCAGACCACCUUGGAGAGAAGUGUGUCUAUAAUUUAUUCAUCGGUAUUAACACCAGCCCAAUUGCCAAUUACACGAAUUUACAGUGUGUUCCCUUGGUGGGCGUCAUUCGGCAUACAAACAUGUGGCGGCGGCUAUCUUGCCAUACGAACGCCCAGUGGUGUUUGGUCGUCGAGUGUCUGGAACUCAAAUCGGACACUCGACCACGCGAACACCGCAGAGACCUCCAUACUUUCACCCGUUCAUGAAUAAACAGACGAACGGCCCAGCGUUCAGUAGAAGGAUGCCCACGAACCAGGGGAUUCAUACGAAUCCAAGCCAAGACCAAUCUGUACAGUAUUUUCAUGCUAUUUACUCCACGAACACAGACUGACCACAAGGCCAGAAUAUAUGGAACUACUUUCGGCUACUGCCUCGUGUGCAAUCGGUCAAACAAACACCUCCAUGAAAUUCCUGAACCCCUGGUCCGAUCUGGGUGAUUUUUAAGGAGUUUAAGCAUGCGUGGGAUAGGCAUAAGGCUAUCCUAAUUAUAAGAUAAGACUAGGGACUAAUGAAAGUAUUUAGAAAAUUGGGCAGACUAGAUGGGCCGAAUGGUUCUUAUCUGCCGUCACAUUCUAUGUUUCUAUGUUUCUAUGUUGCUCACCCAGAUCAGGGAUAUCAGGGGAUGUAUAAUUUAGGGGUGUAGGUUAUGUAUUUGGGGCACAUCUAGAAAUCGGGGAAAACUCUGUAUGAAAACUGUACUGUUAAUUGUAUUAUCUUACAGGCUGAGAGGAGGAGAUGUGUGGGCUGUAACCUGUGUAUGAUUGGUUAAUGUAUAAUUUUCUGUGGGUGUCUCCCCUGCAUGGGAGAGAUGCAUAAAAGCAGGGUAUGUGGGACUAAACAUCAGUUCUGCUCCUGAUACUGUGUGUCGUCCAGUUAUUGGGAAAGGGGGUGGGAGAUUCGUGGAUUACUCUAUUUACCACUGAUGCUGUUUUUCCUGUGUUAACCCCUGGUUCCUGAGUUACUAUUGGAUUAUCAGCGGAGAACGUCUAUGUGAAAUUAGGGCUCCGCUACAUAUACAAACCAAGAUAAAGUAAGACAUUUUUUGAAACGUAUGUAAUAAAUGUUAACAAACAUACUAUAAACUUGUUCAGAUUGCAUUGUUAUUAUUAUUAUUAUUUCAAAUUUCUUUCUUUUUUUUUCUCUCCCUUUUCUCUAAGACUAAGUCAAAGCAUUUGAAUGAGACAGUUUUGCAAAGUGAUGCAUGUCCCUUUAACAGGUUAAAAACAAACGUAAUCAAACAUUAUCACAGUAUACCCCAUUCUAUAAACCGUUUGUUGUUGGAAUCCUGACUUCUUUCUUCACAUCAGGAUUCAGGAAGUUACAAAACUGGAAACUUAGUGAAACAAACAUUAACUGACGAGAUAGAACGUCCUCUGAUAUUUUUGAUAAACCCUCUUAUAAUGAGCAUCCACAGACUUAUUUGCAGACAUUGUCUGUUUUUAUGUUUUGAUUCGUGGGUGGAUCUUGCUGGGUGUCACGAUGAGUAACCCCAAUAAGCAGAGAAAUAGACAGAGUGGCUGGGCCUAAUGUAAACAAAGUCAAAUACAAGCCAAGGUCAGGUGAAAAACACAACGACAGGUAAACUCUACAUCAAUAGAACAGGUAAACAAGUAAGAAAACGUUUUACAUGGAAUCAGGAACAAAGCCAAGGUCAAUAACAGAAAUAUCCCAAUUCAACGGUGCCAGAAAAUAGAAAUACUGUUAUGUUGGAUUUGAUUGGUCCACAUCAUGCCUGUGACUCCAGAACGUGUGUGAAUGGGACACUAGUCAGAUUCGAGCUGGAAAUUACAUUACGUCCCCUGUGUGUCUUUAGGAACGCUCUCCAAAUGUGAGCAGUGUUCUCAAUGCCGGGAUUCGUCAUCAUUCAUUUUUUUUCAUUCGGUGCGUGCAUCCUUUGGCGGUUCCCGAUUGGCUUGAGGACCAGGCAAGUGUCGUUAGACUGGGUCAUAGUUCUGUGCAGUCAUGGGUUUGAGUCGCUGAUAGUAAGUGUGAUGCAUCCUGUGUUAGUGUCUCUGAAUUGUGUCUGUGUUUUAUGUUUCAGAUAUACAGAGAGUAAGGUGAAGAUCUGCUACUGGGAUCCAAACACUGACAUAUCAUGGCUAGAGAACCAUCUAACUUCGUCUAGUUCUAUGAGAAUUAGAAUGGAUAAUGUCAAAGAGAAUGAAUGGAAUGAUAUCAUUGAUACAUCUCAUACAAUCAUUUGUUACUAUGAAGAUCUAACGAGAACCUGGGGACAUAUGAGCAAGUUCCAGAAACAAUGUAUCGCAAGAAAAGGUGAGAGAAAAACUUGGAGUAAUGACGGAAUGAGAUGUUAAGGAAUAGAGACCUGACUUGGAAAUCUGAGAGCUUUCACAAUUACCUUUAAUUACAUAUUAUCAAAUAGCAAAUAGCAAAAUGAAUUGUGGCACCUGACAUUUAAUGUGGAUAAGUGCAAGAUAAUGCAUCUUGGACGUAAAAACCCAAGGGCAGAGUACAGAAUAUUUGAUAGAGUCCUAACCUCAACAUCUGAGGAAAGGGAUUUAGGGGUGAUUAUUUCUGAUGACUUAAAGGUAGGCAGACAAUGUAAUAGAGCAGCAGGAAAUGCUAGCAGAAUGCUUGGUUGUAUAGGGAGAGGUAUUAGCAGUAGAAAGAGGGAAGUGCUCAUGCCAUUGAACAGAACACUGGUGAGACCUCACUUGGAGUAUUGUACACAGUACUGGAGACCGUAUCUUCAGAAGGAUAUUGAUACCUUAGAGAGGGUUCAGAGAAGGGCUACUAAACUGGUUCAUGGAUUGCGGGAUAAAACUUACCAGGAAAGGUUAAAGGAUCUUAACAUGUAUAGCUUGGAGGAAAGACGAGACAGGGGGGAUAUGAUAGAAACAUUUAAAUAUAUAAAGGGAAUCAACACAGUAAAGGAGGAGACUAAAUGUAAAAGAAGAAAAACUACCACAACAAAAGGUCAUAAAUUAGAGGGGCAAAGGUUUAAAAAUAAUAUCAGGAAGUAUUACUUUACUGUGAGGGUAGUGGAUGCAUGGAAUAGCCUUCCAGCUGAAGUGGUAGAGGUUAACACAGUGAAGGAGUUUAAGCAUGCGUGGGAUAGGCAUAAGCAGGGACGGACUGACAGUGACCUGGGCCCCUGGGCAAAAUUAGGACCUGGUCCCCCCCCAGACCAAUAUAUAUGCUGGUAUAUAAGAUGGUGUAUGUACGGUGUAUUUGAUUAUAUAUGUGCAUGUAAAGUGAAUGUAUGUUUUUGUGUGCAUAUUCCCUGUGACCCUUGGUUUAAGUGAAUAUAUGUAAGUUUGUGUCUAGUGUCACAAUGUGUGGAUUCAGAGUAAUAUAAUUUUUUUUUAUUUUUUAAAUAGGGUAGUAGUUAAAGGACCACUAUAGUGCCAGGAAAACAAACUUGUUUUCCUGGCACUAUAGGUCUUUGGGUGCCCCCCAGCCUCAGGGUCCCCUCCCGCCGGCCUCAAGAAGGGUUAAGGGCUUAAUCACUGACCUUUCUCCAGCGCCAGGCUCCCUCGGCUCUGGGGAAAUCUCCUCCCUCUCCGACGUCAGCGCUGAAUGCGCAUGCGCAGCAAGAGCCGCGUGCGCAUUCAAUCAGUCCAUAGGAAAGCAUUUCUCAAUGCUUUCCUAUGGACAUCAGCGACUUCUCACUGUGAUUUUCACAGUGAGAAGCACGGAAGUGCCUUUCAAUGAGACAGCCAGUAGAGGCUGGAUUAACCCUAAUGUAAAUAUAGCAGUUUCUCUGAAACUGCUAUGUCUACAGCUGCAGGGUUAAUCCUAGAUGGACCUGGCACCCAGACUACUUAAUUGAGCUGAAGUGGUCUGGGUCCCUUUAGUGGUGCUUUAAGUGUGUAUGUGAAUCAAGGCAAUGUGUUUAUAUGAGGAAUGCAGGCAUCCAAAUUUUGGGUCUUGAAGUACUAACCAUGUGCUAAAAGUUAUGAGCCACCUUAAAGGGACACUAUAGUCACCAGAACAACUUCAGAUUAAUGUAGUUGUUCUGGUAUGUAUAGCCAGUCCUUACAGGCAUUUUAAUGUAAACCCUGCCUUUUCAGAAAAAGGCUGCAUUUACAUUGCUGCAUAGGGACGUCUCCAGUGGCAGUCACUCAGACGGCCACUAAAGAUGCUUCCUGGGUCAGUGAUCGACAAUGUGCAGCACUGAUGUUCAGUGCCUCAUUGCUCUGCAUGGAGGCGUUGAACGUUCCCCACAAAGAUGCAUUGAUUCAAUACAUCUCUAUGAGGAGAUUCUGAUUGGCGCAACACAGUGUUUUGCCAUGUGUGCCAAUAAGCUUCCCAAUGCUUCCUAUGGGAGAGCAUUGAAAUGGCUGAGAUUAUCAAUUCUGAUUAUCUCAGUCAAGGGGCCAGAGCAUGGGCUGAGCCAGCGCCGGCGGACCCGUGUGGCCCUGAAAUAAAGGUAAGUUUAUUACCUUUUAAGAAGGGGCAAGGGAAUGCCGGUAACCUAAAUGGUGUUUUUUAAACUAUAUGGUCAGGAAUACACAUUUAUUUUUUUGUUUUGUAAUUCAUUCUACUAUGUCCAUGACAUCAGGGUGUGUAUGCAGUGAUGUAUUUAUAUUGAGGGUCUGCAUGCAAGGCCAUAUUUGGAUGUAGUUUGUGUGUGAACUCAAGUUUGCACAUCCGUGUGGGUGAACACAGGGGCAUGUAGUUGUUAUAAGUGCUGUAGUGGGGAAGGGGUAAUAGAGGCAAUAGUAGGAGGCAGGGUAAUAUAAGCUAUUGAGGGUGCAGGGGAGGAAUAGAGGCUGAAGAGGGUAACGGGGUUGUAAAAUAUGUAGGGGGGUAAUAGGGGAUGUAGUAUGUGCAGGGGUGAUAGGGGUUGCAGUGGGUAAUAGGGGUUGUAUGAUGUGUAAGGGUUGUAGUGUGUGAUGGGGUGAUAGGGGUUGUAUUGUAGGUGUAGGGAGUUAUAGGGGUUGUAGUGUGUGUAUGGGUUGUAGUGUGUAAGGAUUGAAGUAUGUUAGGGAGUGAUAGGGGUUGUGGUGUGUGUGUGGGUUGAAGUAUGUUAGGGAGUGAUAGGGGUUGUGGUGUGUGUGUGGGUUGAAGUAUGUUAGGGAGUGAUAGGGGUUGUGGUGUGUGUGGGUUGAAGUAUGUUAGGGAGUGAUAGGGGUUGGAGUGUGUAGGGGUUGUAGUAUGUGUAGGGGUGAUAGGAGUUGUAGAGCGUGCUGGGGUUAAUAGGGGUUGUGUGUGUGUAGGGGAUGAUAGGGGUUGUAGUGUGUGUUGGGGCUUGGUGAAUAAAGGGGAAUGGAUGGAUAGGUUAAAAAAAAGUUAAAAUAAUGUAUCCCCCCUCCCUAAACCUUACCUUUGUCCAGGAAGGGGGUAAUCCUUACCCACAGUGGUGCAGAGAGUCCAACCGCCAUCUUGCCAUGUGAGUGUCUAGGAGAGCUCCCUCCCUGGCCGGCCAUGGAAUUGCGGGCAGGCUGCCAGAAACACUGAUAAAGCCGCUCCGCACGGGCUUCUCUGGUCAGUUACAGGCAGCCUGCAUGGAGGGCUCUGCUCCUGGAGCCUCAGCCGAGACAGGCACAGUGUGAGGCAGCCUGGAGGGUCUUUGAUAAGGCCCCUGGGCUGUCUCUCAGUGUGCUACAACGGUCUGCUGACUGUGAGUAUAGCCGACAAUGGGGGGAACUUCACUAACAGCAGGGGCCCGUAGAAGUUCGUGUCCCCUUACUGAGUGCAUGCUGGGGCUGGGGAGCUUGCCGAACUCCCCAGCUGCUAUUACAUUCUGCACCAUGGACGGGCCCCCCAGAGCCUCGGGCCCUCGGUCCAUGACCGAUAUGCCCGAGUGCUCAGUCCGCCCCUGGGCAUAAGGUUAUCCUAACUAUAAGAUAAGGCCAGGGACUAAUGAAAGUAUUUAGAAAACUGGGCAGACUAGAUGGGCCGAAUGGUUCUUAUCUGCCGUCACAUUCUAUGUUUCUAUGUUUCUAUGAUAACAUUGAGAUCUAUGUAAAAAACUACAGUUGUAGAAUAGAACAAUUUCUGAUAAUAUUUUCACUAAAAUCCAUUAAAUAAUGUACAGUAUAUCUCUUGGAAUAUUCACUAUAAGAUCACAUUUAUGCAGGAUUUUAUGGAAUAUCACAAAUUAAAAUUACCCGAGCUUUCAGUAGAAUAGAAUUUAAGAAAAUCAAAGUAAAUAAAGUGCUAAGGUUGAGAGAAGAACCAGUGUUUUCUCCCAUUUCUCCCCCACCCCACCGAGAUUGAGGGGGCUCGAUAAAGAUGGGUUAUCUAAUCAGUCCUGUCUGUGGAGAACGGUGGGAUACUGCACUGACCCCUACAUCUACCCAAAUACCCUACACUUCGGUUAAUAUUUAGGGUAACAGAUUAUGAUGGCUGCAUUGUAACCACUACAAGUAGCUCACUACAGGCUGCAUGAAGAGUUAAUAUUCUCAUGUAUAGUAUGUAUCAGGUGGGAUGUUACAUAAAGACAUUAAAGGGACACUUCACUGCCCAAAUAGGCAAAAAAGUAUAAUUGUGUAGUAGAUAUACCCACUAUGAAUACAUGCAUGAGAAUUCAUAUAUGUAUUUAUAGUGGGUAAUAAAGCUGCAGUUCUUGGCAAGCCAUCCCCAUUUUCCUUGGAGGAAAAACUAACAGUCUCUUCACUGGAAAAUAGUCUAUCUGCAGAUCUCUCUCCGAGGACAUGCACACGUCUGAUCACUCCUGCAUCUGUCUGGCUCACGCACUGUACAGCAGUCUAACCUGAGUUCUAAGAAGGAAGUAUGUGGGGGGAGGCAGGCGUACUCAAUUAGACUGUUCUUGACAAUUCCAUUAGCUCAGGUGAGGUAACCGAAACAGGAAGCAAACCUCCCUGGCUGUUUGACAGUCAGGGGGGUGUUCCAUAAUUAUUUAUAAAAGUGACUAAUGCAUAGAAAUUGCACGUUUUAAACUAGAGUUAAAAUAGGAUACUCCUCAACCAUAAAGAAUUUCAGCAAACUGAAGUGUUUUAUGGAGUGUGGAGUGGUCCUUUAAAAGGUCUACACACUCAUAUUAUUUUCUUAAAAUGUGAAGAAUAAGGCAUACAGUGUUAUGACAUAUGUUGGAAAUAUUAGAAUUAGAUUAAUAAUACCAAGGUAUUGUUGGCCUUUGACUAUGGGAAAAAGUUAAUGGAAGAUGAUUGUGGUGUCUUUUCACGGUAUGCAGGACGUCAGAGCGUGGCGGUGGUAGUUGGUGAAAAUGAAAAUGAAUUAAAGAAGAAGAAAACUCAGUGGAUGGAAAACUUGGCAGGGUGUCGGCUCUUUCUUUUUACCAAAAAUGAAGUUGCAUUUCUUGAUCCAAAUACAAGACGCAUGGAAGAUACGCUAAAUAACAUGAUGGAGAUCCUGAAGGAAGGUAAGAGCCAAAAUAUAAGCGUUCACCAUAGGAUUAGCCCUCAAUAUUGAUUUAUUUAGUUCCACUGGGAAAAUUAAGUUCCCAGUUCUUAUUAUAGUCUGACAGCCUGGCCAUCCUCAGGUCCUGCUAUCUCUUGGAGAAACUUGUCAUUGGGCCAGUUCAGCCCCGGAGAGCAUUGAGAUUACAGACCACCAAUUAAUGCACAAACCUGCUGUGGCGAAAGUGAUCUCGCCACUUGUUUUUGGAGGGGCCUGUUUGCCAGCCUCCUACCCUGUGACUAUGGCCCCUGCAAUAGACCUAGCUAAAAUAUUUUGAAAAGGCUCUGUUCAUGUGAGUAAUGUACUUUUGUACUCCAGACAGAGAGAGACCGACCGUUAGCCCUUAUUCCCUGGAACUGUUUUGGGCAUAGGACCAUAAGCCCGGUCGGUCAAAAAUAAGACUUCCAGGAAAUUCCUGAACUCCUGAACUGAUCUGGGUGAUUUUUGUAUAUGUUGGUCACCCACGUCAGGGCUAUCAGUGGAUGUAAUAUUUGUGAGGUUUUAUGUAUUUUUAGAGGAUUUGGGGUUUUUUGUAAAAUAUGUGGGGUUUUUCUGCCUGGAGAUAAUUGGAUUAAUACAGUAUCUGAUUCAAUUAUCUCACAGGCAGAGAGGAGGGAUUGUGUGUUUGUUAUGGGAGUGUCGUACAUUUAAUUACUGUUCUGAUUGGUUUGUAAGCUUUGUGUCCCUGUCCCCAGCAAGGUCCAUGUGGGCAUACACCUUGCUUGGGACUUGCAUAAAAGGCCAGUGUGGUACCAUUAAUAUUGAGACCCUGCUUACUCACAACAUAGAGUCUCAUCUCAUGUGUGGGGGAAAAGGCUGUAUCUACCCUGGGGAUUGCUAAAUCACUAUACUCCCUUGGGAUUAUAAUCGCUAGCUCUUUUAAGAGCUGUUUCUGCUACGCUCUCUGGAAUAGGAGAGGUUCACACACUGGAAGCUGGAUCCUGGUCUUGGGUCCAGGGUGGGUGGAGGACGCGAGUUUCCAGCCAAGCUGUAAGGCUGGACGAGGGGACUACAGUGCUGAUAGUGUCAGGUGGAGUGCUUGGAGCCCUCAGUGAGCACUCAGAGCAAUGACUGAUGGAGGCACCUGGUCGGGGUGCCUGGGGGUCCAUCACACCUACACAUUGCUGGGCUAGAAUUCUUAUCCCCCCUGUCACUCCUUCAGUACUGCCAACAGGCGCCCUAUCACACCUCCAGUUUAUUUCAAUUAGAAAGUGCUCUCAAGCUGCAGAUCACAGACCCAAUGUACUAGGAGCCUUUCCAAAGGUCACUGUUUGUGUCGCACCUUUAUGACAUGAAUGCUGUUAAUAUGAAUGUUUAGCUUUAACAGAUGUGGGUGAUUCCAUAUUUUCUCCCUAAUUGCGGUUGAUAUGUUCUGCUUUCUCCAUCAGAAAUGUUCUCUCAUGUUGAAGUUGGUUUGUUUUCACUUACAGAAUCUCAGCCACAAUCUGACUUAACUGCGUCAAGAUGGACUUUAGGAAACGUAAGCAGUGUCACUAUGUGCACGAUUCACUAAUUACAAAUUAAAUCAAAUAUUCUAUAAAGUUUACAAAGUAAUUCUCAAGUCAAAAUUGGUGUUUAGAAAGAAAAAUCGAGUCAUACAAAAUAUUGUAAUAAAAUACAUAAAGAAAAAAAUAUAUAUGUAUCUGUCUCUCUCUCUGUCUGCCUUUUUGUGCUUCUGUCUCUUUCUGUAUUUGUCUCUUUCUCUCUCACCAGUUUGUUUUGUGUACAUGACAGGUGUAUAGUCGCCAUUUUGGGCAGUCGGAAUCCAGGACAACCACCCCAUAACCCAACCCAAUAACGCACAUACUAGAGGAUAUGGGGAAAUAUGUCCACAGCUUUAUUUAGCAAACAAUAAUAAUAACAAUAAUAAUAAUAAUAAUAACUUAACAAGUAAACAUGGGUCAUUGCCCCCAUACUCCGCCCUCGCAUCCUAUUCCUUCCAUUAACAUAUAAAGGGCAAUGACCCCCAUAUAAAUAAACAUAUAUAUAUAACAUACAUCAACAUUAUUCCAAUCGAUGUAAAGUGCCAACCAUCCAUUAACCACGGCAGGGGUAUACCCGGAUACCCCUACCCCACCAGGUUCUGAGCCACCGACAGGACUCGAAACCUAUCAACCACCAAUCACCACCACUUGUUUGUCUUCCAUUACGUUCAUCCUGGGGAGCCUAUUUCCUCUCCUUCAGCUCCCCGUCCCGCCAUAAGCUCAGACCUUGACCCCUUAAGCCGUCUGAGCUCCGCCACCCCGAAGAAACAGCGCCCGCUGCAUACCAACCUGCCAACCCAAGUUGAGCAGAUCCCAACCCACCUCCGAAAGGUGAACCCCGUCCGAGCGGUAGUACCCCGGCAACCCCUCCUCCAACUCGCUGUGCCGUACCACCACACCUCCCAUCUUCCUAACAAAGCUCGCCAUUAAGCUGUUCACCUUUUUCCUGCAGUGAUCAAUCGCCACCGGAUCCCGCGCGUGCCGCCAUCGACGCCUUGGGACAAUCUCCGACCACACUAACAUAACCCCCGGAAGCAGGUCCCUCAAUUUGUUGAUGUCCUGCUUCAUCCGCUUUACCAACCGACAUUGUGGCGUGAGGCCCAAGUCGUUACCCCCAGCAUGAAGGACCACCAUGUCCGGUGUCCUCCCGCCCACCACCAUCCUAAACAUUGCCCCACAAACCUCCCCCCAGCAAAAUCCCCUGUACCCAAACCAUCGGACUGUCAACUGGUCCUUCGGAAAGCCCAGCUGCUGGCCCUGCAUUCGAGCUGCGGCCCUCCCCUCGGCCCAGAAGACAAAAGAAUGUCCCACAAUCCAAGCAACCCGUCCUGGGGAGAAGAAGAAAACAAGCAUGAGGGAAAGGCAAAAGAGGACUCCUCCGUCCAUGUCCGCCCCCGCACCAUAUCUAUACAUAUACAUAUAUAUAAACAUAUACCUACCCAGACAUGUACCUUUUUUUUAUUUAUUUUUUAUUAUUCCAAUAAGCCCAACCGCACAUAUGAGCGGAACCGCACCGACUCCCAUCUCCCUAUGCGCUUCACGACCUCAUCUCCUAAUCCCAACCGUGCGGCCUCCGUGGCCGCCCCAAUGCGAAAGGAGUGAGUACCAAAACGUCCGGCCGGAAGCCCCAACUUACCUAGCCCGGCCCGAAAAACCUUUGUAAACUGAAACCGGGACAGGGAAGAACCAUCUGCAUGUACCAAGAAGGAACCCCCCACCGCCGGCCUCCGAGCCAUGUACUCCGCCACUGCAGCCACCGGGCACAAUGCUGCGCCCGGCAGAGCCCAUAGCGUAACGUCCCUACCCACGCCACGGACGUCCGUCUUAGAACUACCCAGAUGCACAACCACCUUACCCUCCAAAACACGAACCCCUGAGGCCUGCAGACCCCCGGGCACCACCCUACUGCACUCACCAGCUCCCCCACGCGGAACGCCCCGAAAAAUGCCAAGAGAAAAGCCGCUCUGAACAGAGAGACCUCAAACCCGUUGAAACAAAUUUCCGGCAACCGACCCACCAGAUCCCCCAAUACCCGUACCGACACCGGGCGCCUAGAGUCACAGGUCCUGCGGCCCUUUCGAUAACCCUUCAGCGCCUGCCGUACUAGGAAGGUCUUAGUCAGAUCCUCCGACCCGCGCCAUCGGAACCAGAACGCCAUUGCCGCCAUGGACCUGUCGACCACUGCCGGGGACGCCCCCUUUGCCAGCAAUUAGCAGGUGUACCAUAGAAAAGCGUCCCGCAGCGCAUCCCCACGUAAGCCAUGCUCCAACCCGUCUAAUGAUCGUUCCCAAGAGUCCCAGACCUUACUGUAGGAGGCCCAUGUGGCCGGUGCCAGUGAAGCCUUCACAAGUCCCCAAGCAGGACGCUCCCAGCUGCCAUAUCUCGUCCGGGCAAGCCUCCCCUUCCUUCAAUGCUCCUGGCGCCAUCGACCAAAAUCGGGACCACUGAAAACGAGACAGAGCGUCAGCCACCUCAUUCAGGUACCCAGGGACAUGACGCGCGCGAAACACAACAUUCCGUGACAUACACAUCAACACAAAGCGCCGCAGCAACCUAACCACCGGCUUAGAGGCAGCCGAUUGAUUAUUCACCGCAUGCACCACUGCCAUGUUGUCCGAGAAAAAAACCACUUUCUGGUCCCGGAGCCCCUCGCCCCAUAGUGCCAUUGCAACGACCAACGGGAAUAAUUCCAGAAAAGCCAGGUUGCGCAUGACUGGGCUAGACCCCCAUGCCUCCGGCCACCGCUCCGCGCACCAUCUCCCGCCAAAGUAGGCCCCGAAGCCCACACUACCCGAAGCAUCCGUGAAGAGCUCCAACUCCGCCGCCGACUUACCCGCCCGCCUGAAAAACACCGUCCCGUUGAAAUCCUGCAGGAAGGCAUCCCACACGCCCAAAUCAGCCCUCAUGGUUGCUGACACCCGUAUGAAAUGAUGCGGGGAUCGAACUCCUGCCGUAGCAGCCGCCAGGCUGCGGCUGAAAACCCUCCCCAUAGGAAUUACACGGCAUGCAAAGUUCAGCAUCCCUAUUAGCGACUGCAGUUGCCGCAGCGUAACUUUGCGCGCAACGGUCACCGCAGCUACCGCCCCCUUGAGCCCCUCCAACUUGUCCCGAGGCAGUCGGCAUUCACCCAAGAUAGAAUCUAUUUCUAACCCCAAGAAACUAAGGCACGUCGUCGGGCCCUCCGUCUUAUCCGCUGCCAGCGGCACCCCAAAGUGGCCCGCCACCCAUUCCACGGUCCUAAGCAGUUGCUGGCAUGCCGAGGAGGCAGCCGGCCCCACGCAAAAGAAAUCGUCCAGGUAGUGCACCACCGAACGGUUCCCCGCCUCGACCCGCACCACCCAUUCGAGAAAAGUACUAAAUUUCUCGAAAUAGGAGCAUGAAAUAGAACAGCCCAUAGGGAGGCACAAGUCCACGAAAUAUUUUCCCUCGAAAAAACAUCCCAACAGGUGGUGGCAGUCCGGGUGGACUGGCAGCAGCCGAAACGCCGCCUCAAUAUCCACUUUUGCCAUAAGUGCCCCAUGCCCGGCCCGUUUAACCAGCUCGACCGCCCGGUCGAAUGAUGCAUACGAGACCGAGCAUAGGUCCUUAUCAAUACCGUCAUUCACCGACUCCCCUUUUGGGUAGGAGAGGUGGUGAAUGAGCCGGAAUUUCCCCGGCUCCUUCUUUGGCACCACCCCAAGAGGGGAAACCCGUAGGUCCUCCAAUGGGGGCACCGCAAACGGGCCCGCCAUCCGCCCCAGCGCAACCUCCUUGUCUAGUUUCUCCCGUACCACCUCCGGGAAAUCCGCCACCGACUUCAGGUUGCGCAACCCCCCCGAAACCCCCCGCUCCCGGAAGGGAAUAAAGAAACCCCGCCCGAAGCCUUCCCUAAGUACCGAGGCAUCAGUCCUGUUACCGUAGCGGCUUAGCCACGGCUCCAUCGCGUCUAGCCUCACCGGCGUGAAGCCCCGGGGCAGGGGAAGCAUUCCCUCCGGCCCCGGCAGCCGCUCCGGCUGUUCCCGCCUUCCCUUUUUUGAAACAGCGAUUGAGCCCAUGAGCACCCCCGCAACCGGAGCACUCAUGCUUAAAUCGACACGCGUUUCCCCAUUUGCACUGGCCCUCAUUGUAGAGCCAGCAGAAGCCCUUUUGCAAAGCGGCCGACGAGGCGGACUGCCCCUUCGCGCCGGCCGAGUUUGGAAAGGGCUGCGCCUUCUGGGCCAUCAUUAGCUUCAUCCAGAGGGGCAGAUCCAUCUGAUCCCACCUCAUCCCCGGGUUAGCCGCCAGUCGCUGCCUAAACUGUUCAUCGUAUCGCCACCAUGCCAGCCCCCCAUAGGUGCGAUAUGCUUCCCAAAUGCCGUCCAGGUAGCAGAACAGGGACGAGCAUAAUCCCGGCGAUUUUUCCCCGAGCACGCUGGCUAGCACGCAAAACGCCCGUAACCAGUUGCCAAAGGAUUUCGGAAUCUUGCGAUACCGCUUCCUCUUCUCCUCCUCCUCCUUCUUUUCAUCCUUUUUAUCCUCCUCCUUGAGGUCAAUAAAGUCCUCCAAGGGGAGCAGGGAGAAGAUCUCGCAGAACUCACCUUUCCAGAGCUUCUCUUUCACGUCCUGUUUCAGAUGAACCCCCAGGGGGCCCGCAAACGAGACGUAUGCGUGCUGCCUCGCUGCAUCCGGAAUACCCCCGGCCAGUUCCGCCUUGUCACCCCCGGCCGCCAUCGCCUCGGGCGCCACCCCCACGUCCCCGCCCGAACUAAGCCCCACGGAAACCCCACUAGGACCAGGGACCUCCGUCCCCGGGGCCCAAACCCGACCAACGCCACCCCCCAUGUCACCCCCCGCCCCCAGCGAGUGGAGCAGUGCUUGCAGUGUGCUAACUAAGGAACUGGAGUGUAGUGACCCACAAGACUCACCGGCCAAGCCCUCCUUGAGGUCAAUAAAGUCCUCCAAGGGGAGCAGGGAGAAGAUCUCGCAGAACUCACCUUUCCAGAGCUUCUCUUUCACGUCCUGUUUCAGAUGAACCCCCAGGGGGCCCGCAAACGAGACGUAUGCGUGCUGCCUCGCUGCAUCCGGAAUACCCCCGGCCAGUUCCGCCUUGUCACCCCCGGCCGCCAUCGCCUCGGGCGCCACCCCCACGUCCCCGCCCGAACUAAGCCCCACGGAAACCCCACUAGGACCAGGGACCUCCGUCCCCGGGGCCCAAACCCGACCAACGCCACCCCCCGUGUCACCCCCCGCCCCCAGCGAGUGGAGCAGUGCUUGCAGUGUGCUAACUAAGGAACUGGAGUGUAGUGACCCACAAGACUCACCGGCCAAGCCCCCUGCAACUGACGCGGCAGGGGCUGCGUCGUCGACUGCCCGAUGUCCAGGGAGAGCGACUCCCGCCGAUACCUCGCCAACCGGGGAGCCAAACCGGUGCCUUGCCCGUGUCGAUAUGGAACAGCUCCGUGACCUGGAAAGAGGAGAAGAAGUCCUGGGUAGGGUGCACUGAGUAUUCGCAUCCCCCCCGUCCCGACCCUGGGAGCGCCUGCCCAUUGCCAAAGCCUCCCGCUGUGCCCCCUGCACGCGCCGCGCGCGGGAGCCCCUAGGGCUACGGCUCCUCCUGUCUUCCCCGGGCAUACGUCCCCGCCGACCACCCCUGGGAACGCUAGACCCGCUCUCUCCCGAGCUCCCUGACCUGGAGCGGCGCUGCCGGGACCUCCCCCUCCUCCCCCUCCUCCCCCGUGGCUCUACUUCCCGAACCGGAGAGGGACUACCACUACAGGACCCUGAACCGGACCCCCCCCCCUACUACCCUGCACCCCCAAACGCUCACCCCUCCGGCUAGAGCCCGACCCCCCACCUGAACUGGCUCCCAGACUAAGGGGACCUAGACCCCCCUCAACUAGACUGGCCCCCCCAACCCCUAAACCAGGCCUACCCGACCCUACCCGCACCGGCCUAGCCCCAGAGCCCAAGGAGGCCCCCUUUCCCCUACCAGGGGAGCCCAGCAGUCCCUCCUCACCCACAGCCCCCCCACCCCUACCACUACUCCCCCCACCUAUGACCCCUAUGCCCUCCCCAUCCACCACCCGCGGUCCCUGGGAGGCCUUCCCACCCCCCACUUGGGCCCUCCGCCCUCCGCCCCCUGACAGGACCCCCCCAGCACUUUUCCCGCCAAGAGGGCCCCGGCCGGAGCCCCCUGCACUUGCCUUUGGGGCCGGGAACCGGCCACGUGUCCUCCCGGUCCCGGCCCCGCCGAUCUCCGCCUCCGACGGGGCGCGCGCCCUCCCGGGCCGCAGCUCCAUGCUGCCCGCUCCUCCAGGGGACCGCCCGGCCACGUCCGACCCGGCAGCCGCGACGGCCCCGUCCCGACCGUCCCCCCGGCGCCGGGCACUGGUCCUAGGCUCCGGCCGCUCGCGGGGAGGCGGGGCCUCUACCACGCGGCUGCCGGGCCUGCUGCCGCCCGCACCGGAGCCUCCCGGACCACCAGGGAUGUCUUCACCGGGUCCCACACCCGGGCUUAGCCGCUCCGGAGGCCUCCUGGCCCGAACAGGCCGUCCGCCGCCGUCCUGGUCCGCCGCCGCCGCCAGGGCCGGGCCUAACUGGGCCUUCAGCCAGUCAGCCCCCUGGUGCCUCGCCGCCGACCGGAUCCGCUCCAGCAGUCGCUCCACUUCAUCCAUCGGCCCUGCAGGGAGACAAAAAGGAAAAAGCCCUACCAAGCCAAAUCUGUGCCCACAGGAGCGAACACAAACUUAACCAGGUAGGAAGUUAGAAUGAAUUAACUAAAAUGGCUGCCCAUUUAAAUAACCAAACCCACUUACCCAUAACUCCACUCCCUUGCUUACUUCCUCCUAGGCCCGCCUCCUAACCCCUGUCAAGGCCUUUUUCCGCUUAGCUGCGCUUGGCUACAUGGGGCUACAUUUAUUUUUCUAUAUUAUACUUGCAGCAUAAAGGUAUAUUAUUCAAUAAUUAUAAGAGGGGUGUUUGAUUUAUCAUUUUAUAGAUCUAGAUACACAUUGUAAGAUAAAGGAGGGUGUUUAGUGAAUACAUUUCUGCGAUUUGUAACAUGUAAUUACAGAGCACGGUAAAACACUCGAUUGGGAUAAUCUCAAGGCAGAAGGAUGAGUUCAACUGGCUUAAGACAUCGCUGAAUGGGAAGGACAAGGAUGGUUUAUUCCAGUUUAAACACACUGAGAUACCGAGAGGAUCAGAGGACAAGAUCAAAAAGAAGAUCACAGAGAAGAUCUCUAAGUACUCGUACACUAUAUUUCUUGUAUCCGAAAAACAUGUCAACGACCUGAAAUAUAUCCCAGCAGGGAAUCCAAGGAUAAAAACAGGUAAAGUUAGAAUCACAGUCCCAAAGAACGUACUCAGAAUCAAUGUUCCAAAGGCAUCACAAUGUGGUACAAUGAAGGUGAGGUUUAUUUGGAACAAAAUCACAUAAAACGUACUGGCCUCAAGAGGUCGAAACGUUGCACAUGUUUUUGUUCUUUUGAUCUAUAUAAGCCUCACUUUCAUUGUACCACGCCGUGAUGCCUUUGGAACAUUGAUUCUGAGUAUAUUCCAUCAGGGGUAAGAAAUAUAUUUUUGUCAUUCAUACAUUCAAUCCAACUGUGUCUUUUUAUAUUGUAAUCCCAAAAUAAUACAGACUUGAAAUUGAAUUUCUAUAAUAUAUGCAGACACAAUCUCAAAAACAUCCAAAUGCACAGGCAGCGGGUAUCUGUUAAAAUACUUUUCUGCAAUAGAUAAUUUAACUCUCUCUAUCUUGUGUCUCUCUGUCACUGUCCUACUGCUGCAUUGCAUAUCCCUCUGUCUCUCUUUCUCACUGUUUCUCUCUCUCUAUCUAUCUCACUGUCUCUCUCUCUAUCUUACUGUCUCUCUCCUGUCACUGUCUCUCUAUCUUGCUAUCUCUUACUGUCUCUCUCCUGUCACUGCCUCUCUAUCUUACUGUGUCUCUCUUGUCACUGUCUCUGUAACUCACUAUCUCUCCUGUCACUGCCUCUCUAUCUCACUGUGUCUCGCCAGUCACUGUCUCUUUAUCUCGCUGUCUCUCUCCUGUCACUCCCUCUCCAUCUCACUGUCUCUCUCCUGUCACUGUCUCUGUAACUCACUAUCUCUCCUGACACUCCCUCUCUAUCUCACUGUCAGUGGCGUACAUACCGAGGUCACAGGGGUCGCUGCUGCGAACAGGCCCGGCCCACCAGGGGGCCCGGCCGCCCUGCGACCUGGUAUGUACCCAGUGUGGCCAGACUCUUCCCCUGGGGGGCCCAGGAGCUGGCCACCUCAGGGCCCCCCAAGGUCAGUGAGUGUGUUACUGAGUGUGUUAGUUUGUGUGUGUCAGUGAGUGUGUUAGUUUGUGUGCGUUUGUUAGUGAGUCUGUUUGGUGUCUGUUAGUGAGUGUGUGUUUUGUAAGUGAGUGUAUAUGUGUCUGUCAGUGAGUGUGUAUGUAUGCCUGUCACUGAGUGUGUGUCUGUCAGUAAAUGUGUGUGUCUUUUAGCUAGUGUGUAUGCAUCUGUUCGUGUGUGUGUGUAUAUUCAGCACUUACCUUUCUCCAGCGCCAAACUCCCUUGGCACUAGGGAUCCCACCGCCCCGAUACGCCACACAGCUCCGAAUGCGCAUGCGCAGCAAGAGCCGCGCGCGCAUUCAAACCGCCCAUAGUAAAGCAUUACUCAUUACUCAAUGCUUUCCUAUGGACAUUCAGCGUCUUCUCACUGUGAUUUGCCCGCCUCCAUGUGUUGCGGCCCCGGCCCGUGCAGAGCAAGCAGGGGGUUGGGGGGGAGGAAGGGGGCCCACGGAUUUCACACCGGGGCACUAUGGGUUGUGUGUACACCACUGCUCACUGUCUCUUUAUCUUGCUGUCUCUCUCCUGUCACCAGGGACGUAUUAGCCGCGAGGCAAACAAGGCAUUUGCCUUGGGCGGCAUUUUUCAGGGGGCGGCAAAAAACGCCGCCCCCCAAAUGCCCAGGGCAGAUGCCUUGUUAGCCUUGCGGCUAACUGACAUCCCGGGCGGCCGGCGAGGGAGCACUUCCCAUGAGCUGACUGCUCAGCUCCCUCGCGCACCGCAAAGUGAGGCUGGGAGCCGGAAGAUGACGUCAUCUUCCGGUUCCCAGCCUCACUCUGCAGCCGACGCGCGAGGGAGCUGAGCAGUCAGCUCAUGGGAAGUGCUCCCUCGCCGGCCGCCCGCACGCUCGCCCGCCUGCCAGCGCCGCCCGCCCUGCAGCCACUGGACCACCAGGGAGAGAGACCCCCCCCAGCACUCCCAAAGGUAAGGAGGUUGGGGGGGGAUUUAAAUUAAAAAAAAAGUUAAUGUGUGUGUGUGUUUGUGUCUGACUGUGUGUGUGUGUGUGUGUUUGUGUCUGACUGUGUGUGUUUGUGUCUGUGUAUGUGUCUGACUGUGUGUGUCUGUGGAUGUGUCUGACUGUGUGUGUGUAUGUGACUGUGUGUGUCUGUGUGUUUGUGUGUGUGUUUGUGUCUGACUGUGUGUGUCUGACUGUGUGUGUGUGUGUGUGUCUGGGCUGUGUGUGUGUCUGUGUGUGUGUGUUUGUGUGUCUGACUGUGUGUGUGUGUGUGACUGUGUGUUUGUGUUGAUGUGUGUCUUGUGUGUGUCUGACUGUGUGUGUGUCUGGGCUGUGUGUGUGUGUGUGUCUGGGCUGUGUGUGUGUGUCUGACUGUGUGUUGUGUGUGUCUGUGUUGUUGUUGACUGUGUGUGUGUUUGUGUCUGACUGUGUGUCUGUGUUUGUGUGUGUUUGUGUCUGACUGUGUGUCUGACUGUGUGUGUGUCUGGGUGUGUGUGGGCUGUGUGUGUGUUUGUGUCUGACUGUGUGUGUCUGACUGUGUGUGUGUGUGUCUGACUGUGUGUGUGUCUGACUGUGUGUGUUUGUGUCUGACUGUGUCUGUGUAUGUGUCUGACUGUGUGUGUGUGUGUUUGUGUAUGUGUCUGACUGUGUGUGUGUGUGUGUUUGUGUGUGUUUGUGCGGGGGGGGAGGGGGGUGCCUGAGUUUUGUCCUGCCUAGGGCAGCACAAAACCAGGAUACACCACUGCCUGUCACUAUCUCUUUAUCUUGCUGUCUCUCUCCUGUCACUGUUUCUUUAUCUCGCUGUCUCUCUCCUGUCACUGUUUCUUUAUCUCGCUGUCUCUCUUCUGUUACUGUCUCUUUAUCUCGCUGUCUCUCUUCUGUCGCUGUCUGUCUGCAUCUUGCUGUCUCUCUCCUGUCGCUGUCUGCAUCUCGCUGUCUCUCUGCAUCUCGCUGUCUCUCUGCAUCUUGCUGUCUGUCUGCAUCUUGCUGUCUCUCUCCUGUCGCUGCCCUCCACUCUUUGGGUUGUUUUAUCAUCUGUUAAAGAGACAGAUCACUAAUAACGAUAUACCUUGGGUAUCACUACAAUAUUAGGGAUACUUUCUUUAAUUUUUACAUUUUGCAAUAUUUAUUAAAAAAAAUCUAGAAAAACUUUAAACUCAGUUACUUUAGGUUCAUUGAAUAUAUCCAAAAUGCAUUAUGACAAAUUUAAUAACGUUUAUGUUUAAACUAAAGAUUUAGAAAACGAUUUAAAUAAUUCCAGGUGAAAGCCUAUGGCCAUUAAUGUGAUCACACUUCUUUUGUGCAGGGAAGAAGGAAGUCUUCGCGGUGAUUUAUGAUUCAGAGAACAAUGGUACAGAUGAUAUAAUAACUAGGAUCAAAACUGGACGUACUGGGAUUAAUCAUGUUUUACAAUACAGUAAAAAUGAAAAGGAAUCCUAUCAGAGGUUCAGAGGUCAGAGAACUAGUGAAAAGGCUGGAGAAAGGAUUAGAGUGCAACUGUCUGAGCUGAAAACACUGGUAUCUGACACAGGUAAGAUCCCUCCACCAUUACUCUCUAUGUAUCAUUCUCUGUUGGAACUCAUUCAGCUUCAUACGGAUCAUGGAUUUAUCUGAAUGGAGAGUUUAGAAAAAUCCCAUUUAAAGGGACACUCGGUAUAUUUCUUCCCUUUGUCAACUAUUAUAAAUAAAUGGACCAGCAAAUCUUCCAACUAGGAAAAGGUGAUUACCUUUAUUUUACAUAAAACACAACUUUUAUAUUCAAUGACAUAAAAAUAAGGAAAAAUGAUUGGAAAUGAAGAUAUCCGUGACUAGGUGCGUAUUAUAAUAAAAUAUAAAAUCUAACCCAGGCGGUGGACAUAUUGUUACAGGAUGUUACUACGUUUAAAGUGGAAGGUUUAACCCCUUAAGGACACAUGACAUGUGUGACAUGUAAUGAUUCCCUUUUAUUCCAGAAGUUUGGUCCUUAAGGGGUUAAAAAGGUCCCAGAAAAGUUUCAGUUCUUAAUUCCAUCACCCCUUCAAACACUAUUGCAGGUUUUACUGGGGUGAAUUAAGCUGUAGAGGUAAGUAAAACACUUACCACUGCUGCCCCAUGCAAUGCCCAUAAUGCUUUGGGUGCGCUCAGGUACAGACAGAUAUAUACUCUGCGCAUUCAGUAUUUUCUCAAGUUAGACUAGACAUGUGCAUGUGCUGAGCGGGUGGCACUACAGGGUUAAUUAACGUAAAUAAUUUGUCUUGUGUUGCCUGCUCUCUCAGUCAGCUAUACAUCCCAUUACGCUACUUUGUCCUUAAAUUUGAAAUUCACUUGUAUUUCUCUCUUUAGUGAAUAACCCUGUUUGUCUAUUAAUGUGAAGGCUAGGAGCUCAGAAAUACUCCCCUUUCUCUGCAGUUUGUGGAUCAAUAUGUCCUCCUACUUUGUUAUGUCAAUAUAUUACUCAACGUCAUUACCUAGAGAAAUCUUUCCCAAUUCUGGUUUGUUACCAUUUCUACCUAUAAAUCUAGGCAGGUCUACGAGCCAUAAGAAGACUAACAGGAGUAUGUUGUGUAGAUAUGUCUUCAAACAGAGAGCGCACUCUUGUGGUCGAUUAUUAUAAUGCAUCUUUGAGAAUUUGAAACUAAGCAGUGCCUAUUCUACAAUAAGGAUUUGUGACGUUUGCUCCCCGCUAAAUAACUAAAAUGUCCCUAAAUGGAUAAAACAAUGAAAGUGCUGUGCUAUAGUGACAUUUUCAUAAAACAAUGAAAGUGCUGUGCUGUAGUGACAUUGUUAUAAAAUAUUGUCAUUGUAGCACAGCACUUUCAUUGUUUUAUCCACUUAGGGACGUUUUAGUUAUUUAUUAAAGGUGCUACCUUAGACAUAGGUGUCCUCGAAGGUACGGUAGGGACCACAGGUCAAUCCUCUCUAUCCUAAGAUUUAAGGAAACUGUAAAAUUAAUUUAUCUGACAAUCUGUAGUAUAUAUACCCGUUAACGUGUUACUAUUUAGCAGCCUGAUACAUUUUUGCUACAAAUUGCCACUGUAUCCGCUCGCCCCUGUAUCUAAGCGCACCUCUCAACCCUAUGGUCAGCUCGCUUGAGUGGGUUUUUCUAGCGGACAUUUAUGGUCCGAUAUCUCACUUUGUCGCUGUUUGAAACCUAAACACCACUCUAAUGGUUUGGAGCAAACCAUGUUUUUAGUGAGUGUUCUACUAUACUGUAUAUAAUAAGGAUUUGCGAUUCUGCUCCUACAAGUUAGAAGUCUGUUAUAUAUUCCUUAUAAAUAUUAGGUUUUUUUCACCUAAGAUUUUAAUUAGGUUUUUUUUUUUUUUUUUUUGUUUAAUUGGACUUAGUGGUUUUAACUUGAUAUAAUAAAGGUUACGUUUUAUUUCAUUAAUUGUUGUUUAUUAAUUAUUGUAUAGUCUGCUAACAAGCGCAAUACGUUGGAAACACCUUUUUAGCUUCUAGUCUGCAUAAUGUUUGAGCUUACAUGGGGUUAACCCCUCAGUUGUACCUGUAGCAGUUGUUUUUUCCUUGUUUCCAGUUUAUUUUGUUUAUGCACAUUUUAUGUUUGGUUAAGGUGUCAUCUUUAAAUCAUGUAAAUAAGUGACUUUUUAUUCUGCCACGUUACUUGUCCCACUCUAGUAGUGAAUAGGGUGACGUUCUGAUUGUAUUUUCCAUUGAUAUUGCUCUCUCUAAUGUCUGUAUUUGAGUGAGUUAUCUUGCAGUAGUGUCUUCCUAUAAACACACAUUUAUAAUUCUCUUAUCAAUACACAUCCAUCUUAUUAAUAUUCCCCACAAAAUCAGAUUAUUAACUUAGAGCUCAUUGCUUUCUCAGAUUCUUCGAACAGAGUUACACAAAACACAUCAUCCUGUAACACUGUGAGUAUUUUGUGUUUGUGUGACUUUAACCUUCAAAUUAUCUGUAAAUCCUUGGGGUGCCCAAAGAUAGAUCCUCAGAUGUUGUAGAACUGCAUCUCCCAUGAUGCUUUGUAAACGUUUACAAUAACAAAGAAUCAUGGGAGAUGUACUUUUACAGAUUCACCUUAUGGGCACCCCUUAUGCACUCUGUUCUAGGUCUUAUUAUUAUUAGCGUCUACAUAGUGUCCGUGUUAUACAAUUAUAGAAUGUGAAUAUCUGGCAAGUUACAGAAUGUGAACAGAGACAUAAAGUGGAGAGGGCCUUAGUUUAGUAUAUCUAACGUACAUUCCAACCUCAGUUUAGUAUAUCUAGUAUACAUACCAGCCUCAGUUUAGUAUAUCUAGUAUACAUUCCAGCCUUAGUUUAGUAUAUCUAGUAUACAUUCCAACCUCAGUUUAGUAUAUCUAGUAUACAUUCCAACCUCAGUUUAGUAUAUUUAGUAUACAUUCCAGCCUCAGUUUAGUAUAUCUAGUAUACAUACCACCCUCAGUUUAGUAUAUCUAGUAUACAUUCCAGCCUUAGUUUAGUAUAUCUAGUAUACAUUCCAACCUCAGUUUAGUAUAUCUAGUAUACAUUCCAGCCUUGGUUUAGUAUAUCUAGUAUACAUUCCAGCCUUAGUUUAGUAUAUCUAGUAUACAUACCAGCCUCAGUUUAGUAUAUCUAGUAUACAUUCCAGCCUCAGUUUAGUAUAUCUAGUAUACAUUCCAACCUCAGUUUAGUAUAUCUAGGAUACAUACCAGCCUUAGUUUAGUAUAUGUAGUAUACAUUCUCUCUGUUAUAAGUAGUAUGCCUUUUAAAAAAAAAAAAAUCUUUAUAGUUAUACUUGCGACCCUAUUAGACACUCAGCCAUGCUACUGGUGGCCACUCACCCAUUGUAAUCUUCCCAUAGUUGCCACACUUUAUUGAAAGCUACCAUCGUGUUGUGAAUCUGAGCUGUGAAUUUAUCCAUUAGGAAGUUAUCCUUUAUAAGUUUGACGUUGUCUUUCUUGGGUACAUCCAUAUCCAGCCACACCUGUGCAAGUGCUCUCCUUGCAGCUGUGUAAUUGUAUUAAAUCAUUUUUGCAUAUGUGGCAUAUUGGCUAAACCCUGAUUGGUUUAGAUAAUAAGAAGAACCAUUGAUCCAUCUCUAUUGGCCUGUGGAAUAUCUCUACCAGGAUGUCUUUAGCCAUUUCCAGAUAUUUGCUCACCUAUGCUCACAUAUGGACAAAGGUUUCCUUCAACUCACAGCCCCUCCAACAAACAUCGGGGGUGUUUUUCACCAUAUCGAAGCACAUAUGUGAGCAUAUUUCCUGUGGGAAAGCAUUGGAUUGGUUGAGAUUAUCGAUCUCGGUGAUCCUCCCAAUAGCACUGAGGAAGCAGAAAUACUCAAUCUGAGUAUAGGAACUCUGUUAAACCCUCCUUUCUCCAGCAGUACAUACCUUCACCUACAUGUUUCUCCUCAUUCCAUCCCAUUUAAAGUUCUCACAUACACCAUAUCCACUUCAAACAAAAUCCUCCUUUAUCACAAAAGGCUUCCCACCCUCCCCUCCUCCCUGGUUUCUGCUUCCUGCUUCCUUUAUAGGCGUAUGGCAUGUUCCCCAAUUACCUCCUCAAUCACAUCAUAUCUUAGCAGUCUGCGUAAAUGUUCUAAGGCUCUCUCACCUGAAUCUUCAAAUCACCCAUGCUCCCUCUCAUGUCAAGUCACCAUUAUAACCUUUAGAUUGUAAGCUCCUGAGCCAUGUAGCUCAGUACUUUGUAUAAAAGGGCUGUAAAUGCUAGACCAAAGCUCAGGGGUCGGACCCAAUAUUAAUUUUGUAUUGGUUUGUCUGAAUUGUAAUGGUGAGCGAGCAGUCAGGAAAAAAACGUAGGUUAUGGAUUCCAGAAAGAUAACAUGAGGAGGACAGCUAUGGGAUUAUGAUGAACAGAAUAGUUGAUAAAUAAGACACGUUACAAGGUUGUCCGGUGUUCAUCCAAGGUUACAGUUCAUCCACAGCAAUCCAAGGUCCAGAUGCUGAAUCCAAAUCAGACAGGAAGAGUGAAGAGCCAUAAAGCAAAGCCCAAGUCCAUCUGAAGCUGAACUGGGACAAAACACCAGCAGUUGACUUCUUUAGAUGAUGCGUGUGGCCCCUCCAGGAGCUCCUGCAAAUAGGCCUUGUUUAAAGACAAAGAGUUGCCAGUAGGGUUUCUAUGGGUGGGCGAGGUGGGAAGGAAAUUUGGGAAAACAGACUUUUAAGUUCCAGUUAUUUUUUCACAGCUGGAGCUUGCGAAGAAAGAACAAUGGCGCAGCCUGACUCAUUCUCAGGCGAAAAAGGUAAAUUCCACCCAAACUGUUAGUAUAACUGCUGGUUUUUAUAAUGUGCAGCUCUUUUAAAAGCAAUCCCUCCAAAGGGAACGGGCAACACAGUGAAGCUGAAUGAAGACCAACCUUUUUGGUGUCCAGACACCUCUGUGUUCCAGUCAGUGUAGCAUCACCAAUGGAGCUCAGAUAUUGACUGAUGUAAGACCUCACAGGAGCAGCUUACAAAGGGACAACAAUGUGGCAACUUGACCCAAUAUGAGGAGAAAGAAGAAGGUUACAAACUCACCCUUCGUAUAACACAUGACGUGCACCAUUUCCCCUCCAAUCCACGUUUAGCUCAUAUCUCUGAAUACCUGGACUGCUCCAGCAGUUAAGACCUCAUUUGAUGUUUUUUUCUAGGAGUUAUUGUUUUACAUCAUUUUAAAAGCUUAUCCAAAAACAUUAACCCAUUAAGGAUGCAGCUUUAGAAGCUGAACAUACACUUAAGGACACCAGCAAUCUUUAAUUUUUUUUUGUGUACAAACACAAUUAGCAUUGUUUGUAUUUAUUGCACAAACACAUAUUAUAUAGUGCUUGUUUAAUUUGAUGUGACAUGAUAAACUAUUAUUUAUAAUAAAAUCUGCAAAAAAAAUAAAUUUUCACAGUUUUGGCAAUAAUAACGUGUACAUAAUAUGCCCAUCAGAUUUCAUCUUAUUUCAAAAGUUACAGGUCACAAAAUACAAGGAAUAAAAUAACAUUUCAAUGUGAAAUGUUAAGUUAGUCUUGUAAGUUUAGUAGCCAUCACAGAAAACAAAAUUGCUACACAAAAGUAUAUAUUUAUAUAAAGUAGACAUCACACCACAAGGUUAUUUUAACACUUUUCAUGUAGCCAUUUGACUGCCAAUCUCUGCUAAAUUGUGUAGAAAAAUUUAGGUUUUUCAGUUUUUUUGACAAAUACACAUUUAACAAGAUUUUUUUUAAUGUGUAUUUUGUAAAGCUGGUGUGUGCUAUUCCUGUACAAAACCUAACAUUGUGUUCAGCUACAUCUGCUGAGUAUAACAAUACCCCCAUUGUAUGCCUCUGGCACUUUUCUGUGCAGCUACAAUGCCAUAUAAGAGACAAAGCUAUUUAAUUUUCUAUAGUUAGAAUUUUCAUAGAUGGAUUUGAUGGCCUAUAUCUCAUUUUGGGGCAUUAUAGCCGUUUGACUGUUCAAAUAACCCCACAAAGGGCUUACAAUUGAGAAAGCAGACACUCCAGGGUAUCUUAUGAUUGCUUAUUCAAACUACCCCAUAAAGUCUUACCAUCACUAGGGUAUUUCAAAAAGCAUACCUCAUAGUACCUUCACCAAGUCUGUUUCCUCGUAGCUAUCAGGGACCAUGGAGCACUUCAGACCCAGUUGCCCAGGCUUGACUGGGAUCAUUGAGGGUCUUUUCCACCCUGGACCAAACACCAGGCAAUACUUGGUGAAGGUUAAAACAACAACUCACUUUACUAGAUAUAGCACACACAUUUAUACCCCCAACAGUCUCAUUUACAUACAAUAGGGUGCAUAAAGCACUAAAGUAUAAGGAAGGAUGGGUCAGACAAUAGCAAGAGCUGAUGGCAGAUUGAGGAGGGACAGGGCAGCUAGUUUAAACAGGUCUGGCAGUGUCCCUGGGACAACGCCUUGCUGGGGAAACAAUGGGACAGGAAAAAGGGGGAGGGGGAGAGGCACAGACAAGCAAUACAUUCAACAUACCCAGACAGUAUGUGGACUACACCCAGCACCAAUAAUGGGCACAGGGUCUCCUAAACACAAAAGAAAUAUGGGUACCCACAUACAGUGUCUGCCUUCUAUCCCCAGAGGGGGUGACUACCAUCACAGGCAUGUUCUGAACUUAAGCAUGGGAUAAUUUUUUCGCUAAUUUGUACCAAAUGUAGUGGUACUAAGCAUUUUUCUUCCUUUUUGACACACACCGUGAGAUUUUAAGGUAUAUUUUGCAAACCUUAUGUUUGCUAUGGCACUAUAAUACUUCAGAUGUUGCUCAGCUAUGUCGUUUGAGUUCAGCAAUACCCCCGUAUGUACCUUUUUCACAGAUAUUCUUUAUUUAUAAAAUAUUUUACCAGGAAAGAUACAUUGAGAUUUCUCUCGUUUUCAAGUAUGUCCUGGGUCCACAAAUCCUUGCAUUGUUACAUUAGGGUACAAUAAAAUACAAAAACAAUAUUAAUACACAAUAUAUACAACAUUUAACAUGGAACAGGUAGGAAAUAUAUAAUCAACCAUGACAGGUGCAAUCUGUUUUGAGGUAUGUAGAGAGGGAUCUCUUAAAGGACUUUAGGCUUAGGGAAGAUUUUUUUUUAUACAUAUAAAUUUUUAUUUUUCAUUUUAAAAAUUUCGUCCAAAUGCAUUUUCAUGAAUAGAUUUUACAAUAUGGUGCAAUAUAUUACUUUGCAAUAAAUUAUGUAAUUAUACAUAUAUUUAGUAUAACCAUAUUUCAUACACUUGAACAUUAUCUACAUUAUCUACAAUCAAACCAAAAAGAAGAGAAAAUAACAUACAAUUCCUCUUUCUUACAAUCAUUUCACAUUGGUGCUACCUAAGAGUGGCUAUCUGUGGGAGGGGAGUUGAGUUUUUACAGCUAAGAUAUCUAACCCAGGGGGCCCAAAUUUCAUCAUAUUUCUCUCUGGAUAACUUAUUUGAGGCUAACCCAGCUUCCAUCCUACAUUGAUAAUCUAUUUGUAUACAUAUAUCAUGCCAGUUUAACAAACCCAUAUUUCUCCAAUUUCUGUCCAUAACUAUUUGUAUUGCCAAAAAGGAAUGAAUCAUAAGAAUUUUUUGUUUUAUAUUAACUUUUGGCAAAUCUAAAUGGAACAGGAACAUUUGAGCCGUUAUAACAGUUUGGACCUUCAAAAUGGAAUCCACCAAGUCCGAUAAAGUUAUUUUCAUAGAUUUCAACUCCUCACAGUCCCACCAGAUGUGGGAGAAUGAACCUAACUCCCUACCACAUCUCCAACAAUCUGGUAGAAGUGUGGGUUGAAAUCUAUGGAGGCGAGUGGGCACCAGGUACCAACGAUAUACCAGUUUAAAGUACACUUCCUGUAUAUUCACCCCAUGUAUAUAUCUUUUUACUGAUUGUAGGCCCAAAAUCCAAUCUUCAACCGAGGAUGAAAAGUGGAGUUCCUGCUCCCAUUUAUUCAUUGCCAACACUUUAACUAUUUGCCUUUGGCUUCUUGUAAAUUGAUUAAAUCUGGAUGCGAUUUUUUUUUGUAAUGGAAUGCUACAAACUGGUCAAAUGGAGAAGUUUCCGAAAAAACGUUUCCCAUAAUAAAAGAUUUUAUUCUUAAGUAGUUAAAUAUUUCCUUCGAAGGGAGGUUAUAAUUAAACUGUAACGUUGCAAAUGGCAAUAUUUUAUUAUCAUUUAGAAGUUCCGCAAUUUUUGCAAUUCCACACUUUUCCCAUUCUUGAAUAUUUAUAUUUUUAUAUAAAGUUUUAAACAUAUUAAUGGGGCGUUUCUUGAUAUAUGUUUAGUUCCAUAUUUUUUCUUUAAGUAUUUUACAAUAUAGAUCAUUGUGUUAUUCAUCGGGUUACUAGGCCUCAUAUUUUUUACAAAUUCACUGUCACACCACCAGAGAAGUAAAGGUUCAAUAUUACAGAGAUCCGAUUUUUCAAUAUCUAACCAAACUGGUCUUGACAUUGUAAAAUUAUCACAUUUAAUUAAGUGUGCUACCAUAUUGUUCAUAUAUAGUUUCGCUUGGGGAAGAUUUGAAAGUGUGUGGGAGGUCAUUCCAUAAUUUCAGUGCUCUGUAGUAAAAGGAGGAUCGCCCCACUUUAUUUUAUUAAUGAGGUAGACUAAAUAAAGCCGGGGAGAGCAUUCUGCUCAGCUAGGGUGGGAGCUUCCCAGAAAAGCUCUUAAACACAAGUCUGGAAAGAUGAAGGGUGCGUCUGGAUUCCAGCGACAACCAGUUUAGUUCUUUUAGCAUGUCACAAUGGUGGGUCCUGUAAUUACAUUGUAGUACAAAUUAUUAGCAGUAGAAAGAGGGAAGUGCUCAUGCCAUUGUACAGAACACUGGUGAGACCUCACUUGGAGUAUUGUACACAGUACUGGAGAACGUAUCUUCAGAAGGAUAUUGAUACUUUAGAGAGAGUUCAGAGAAGGGCUGCUAAACUGGUUCAUGGAUUGCGGGAUAAAACUUACCAGGAAAGGUUAAAGGAUCUUAACAUGUAUAGCUUGGAGGAAAGACGAGACGGGGGGAUAUGAUAGAAACAUUUAAAUACAUAAAGGGAAUCAACACAGUAAAGGAGGAGACUAUAUUUAAAAGAAAAAAAACUACCAAAACAAGAGGACAUAGUCUUAAAUUACAGGGGCAAAGGUUUAAAAAUAAUAUCAGGAAGUAUUACUUUACUGAGAGGGUAGUGGAUGCAUGGAAUAGCCUUCCAGCUGAAGUGGUAGAGGUUAACACAGUGAAGGAGUUUAAGCAUGCGUGGGAUAGGCAUAAGGCUAUCCUAACUAUAAGAUAAGACUAGGGACUAAUGAAAGUAUUUAGAAAAUUGGGCAGACUAAAUGAGCUGAAUGGUUCUUAUCUGCCGUCACAUUCUAUGUUUCUAAUCGGCAGAACGAGUUAUACAAUGUAUUGCGUUUAUUAAUGAGUGAUUGCGGUGCAGAUGCAUAUACUACAUCCCCAUAAUCAAUGAUUAGCAUCAGCAUUUGCUGUACAAUAUUUUCCUUUACUGUAGGGCUUAGGCAGGAUUUGUUUCUGUACAGGGCACCUAAUUUUGGAUAAAGUUUAGAUGCAAGUUUUUCCAUGUGGAGGCCAAAAGAUAGAUUGGGGUCUAACAACAUACCCAAGUAUUUGAAAGAGUGGACUGCGGUCAGUGAGCCUUUUGAAUUUGUUUUGAUGGAUAGGUGGGAAUCCUGUAAUUUAGGUACUGUUCCAAAGAUCAUUGUGACAGUUUUGUCAGUGUUUAGGAAGAGUUUGUUUUUUGAGAUCCACUUUUCUACCUCUGUGAACUGGUCGUAGAGCACAGCCUCAGGCUGCGGUAGAUCAGAUUUGCUUGCAUAGAAUACUGUGUCAUCUGCGUACAUGUGUACAUUUGAGGAUAUGCAGACAUUAGGCAGAUUAUUUAUAAAUAAUGUAAAUAGUAGGGGGCCAAGAAUGGAACCCUGGGGAGACUGGGAGAGGGAGGGAGUUGCUGUCAGAAAUGGACACAUAUUGCGAGCGAUCCGAUACAUAUGAUCGAACCCAGGUUAGGGAGCAAUCACCAAUACCUGAGUUUUCGAGUUUGUGCAGUAGAAUGUCGUGGUCUACUGUGUCAAAGGCCUUGGCAAAAUCAAGGAAAAUAGCUCCAGUUAGGUCUCCUUGUUCCAUGCCAGUUUGGAUGUCAUUGCAAACUUUUAAGAGGGCAGUUGUAGUGGAGUGAUUCAGGGAAAACCCGAUUGAUCAGGGGUUAGAUUGUUGGUAGUACUCACAAAGUUGCGUAUGGACAUAUUUUUCUAAGAUUUUUGACAAUACCGGGAGCAAUGAAAUUGGGCGAUAGUUAGAAACCAAAGUAGUCUCACCACUUUUAUGGAUAGGCACUACUCUCGCAGUCUUCCAAAGUUUGGGUAUGUAUCCAGACACCAAGGAUUCGUUAAUUAGAGUUGCGACGGGUUUAGCAAUUGCUGGCGCACCGAGAUUCAACAGCAUUGCUGGGAUUUGAGCAGGUCUAGACUGGUUUUUCAUUUUUAGUUUAAGGUGUUUCUUAAUGACACUAAUAGGUACAGGUCUAAAAAUGAAUUUGUCUAUAUUUCGCCUUUGCAAAUUUAGUGGGGCCUGAGCCACAAUUUGUAGUUUUUAGGAUGUGUGUCAUUUAUUAGCUUGGCAAUCAGGGCAGUGGAGCAUCCAACAAAAUAAUUGUUAAAGGCAUUUGCUACAUCUAAGGGAAGUUGCAGGGUUUGGUUAUCCACUUUGACAGUGGAGGGUUGGGAGUGCAUUGGGGGAGUUUGUAGUUUAUUUAUGACUUUCCAAAAGUUUCUAGGGUUUAAGAUGUUACUGUUCAGAUUUUCAUAGAAAUAUUGGGCCUUGGCCAGUUUUGUUUGUUUUGUGCAUAUAUUUCGCCAAUGUCUAUGUGCACAGUGAUCAUUCAUAGAGCCAGUUCGCUUGAAUUUUGACCACAAAGAAUCCCAAAACUGGUACAUCCAGUUCAUAUGUGCUCCUUUUACCCUCACCUUAUGCAGCUGGGCAUGCAAAUUCCAAUCUUGUAGGAGUUCAGACUGAAAGAAUUCAACAGCACAGUCUAGAUCUGGGAUAAUGUUUAAUCUGUGCCAUGAGAGAUUCUUGAUGUCAUUUAAAAAGGAUUCAAGAUUACAUUUUUUGAAGGACCUGGUGAUUUUAACCUUGGGAGAGGAUUUAAUAGCCUUUAUUUUGCGCACGCAGUACACUAAACAGUGAUCACUGAAACUGUUUGGGAGAACACUGUGGGGAUAUUUAUGGGAUAAUAAUAGUAACAGUGAAAAUUGCCCACUAAUUCAAUUCUCAGAUCCCAAAGAACGUUUAUCGUGUUAAGUGAGAAGUAUAUCAUAUAAAUAAUAUUCACGAUUUGUUAUAAAAAUAGAUUUAUUUAUAAUGACAAGUUAAUUAAUAAUAAUAUGUAACAUGCGUGAUAAUAAUCAAUGAAUAUCCAGUAUAAAAUGAUAUGCAAUACAAAGGAAUGGGUAUUACGUUUCAAUGGCUAAAAAGCAUUUUCUGUCAAGACUUUAUUUAUGACUAUCUUUAACACAGACUGAAAGUGAAGCUUUUCACAGUGAAGAACAGAAUUCUUCAGAGUGCAGCGUAAGGUCGUAAAGUUUAGCUGACAGAAUAACCCUUUCAAUGCUGGCUAAAUCUCCUAGGUAAUCAAGAUCUAUUCUUAUGUAAUUUUAAAUAAAAUAACAUUUAAACCAGUUCAUUAGUCAUUUCCUGGAACCAUCCAAUAAGAGAAUCUACCAUGAUUAUAUAAGCAGAUUUUAAUUUGUCUAAAAGAUAUCUUAUCUCAUAUUAGGGCAAAUCAAUACACCUGGAUAAAAACAGCGGUAUGCUAACACAUGAUAAUAUCACAUCAAUAUAUAAUUAUUCUUAAUUCCACCUGCAGAAUGGAAUGUUUAUAACUAUAUAUAUUUUUUUAGUUAACUAAGAUUUCUUAAUAUGGAAAUCUCACCGUGCUUUAUCCAGUCAUAUAUAAUGCUAUUAAUACAUUUUAAUUAAUUUAAUUAAUUAAAUGAAACCAGUAUAAUUACCAGUUGAGUAGAUAUUUCAUCCGAUUGGUAGAUAGUCUCAGGAACUUAUUUGGAUGUCUCUCUGCAUGGAGGUGUGUAGGUAAUAGUGAAAGGUGGUGUUGGUUAGAAGGUCAGUGAAAUUCUAAGUGUUAGAGUUUUCAGAGUAGAGUGUUAGUCUCAGAUGUUGUCCGAGUUGGAGUCCCCCAAACUUCCAAUUCCUCUCUCUCCUCUUUUUCCUUCUCCUUUGCCUUCCUGCCUACCCUGCAUAUCUCUAUCUUCCCUUUGUCUUAACUUUUAAAGGGCCAGACUCUCUGUACGUCAUCAGUUGAUAACCCAAUAGAAGCACUAGAGGUGUGGUUAUCUUCCAGAUCGCAAUUUAGUUAUUUGAUCUAUAGAGGGCAGUCUUGUCCCACUAAACAUACCUAUCCAGGAAAGAGUUAACUUUUCCUAGUGGCUAUUUUGACGUCAUUUUGCUUAUCUCAAAUGACCACUAUAACUUAUGUAUCCUUCACAGAUCAAAGGGUUUCUUAAAUUUUGUCCAGACUAUGUGUCUAGCAAUCUGAGUUUUGUCUAAUAUAGCAGAUCAUGAACUAAGUUUACCCUUUUCCAUACAAUGGUACCUUAUAUAUAUAUAGACAGUUAAAUUUUAUUAUUUAAUCUUCUCUGUCACAAUUGUCUGGGUUUAGAAUUGAUUAUAUUCUUCUUAUCACUUGUUUAUACUAUGCAUUCCUUAGCUCUGGCAAAGUGGCUAGUCUUACAGAAAGAAAUCUAGUGUCUUUUUGUUAACUUGAAAAUAACAAAAUAGAGUCUGGUCUGUUCAGAGUGACUCAGAAUAUACACUUUUAGUUUCUAUCAUAGCACAAAAUGUCUGCCGAUAUAAAUACCCUGACAACACCAACCUCCUGGAUUCUAUCAGGAGAAGUGGAGAGAAUCCAAUCGAGCAGGGUAUGGUUAUAGCUUUUAAUGUUUAUGCGAAUUGGGGAGGAGAUUAAUUGCGUUAGCUGCAAAGUCCUAAACAGUGUGCAAGAACUAUUAUUUUUAGGGUUCAGCCGAUCAAUAUUAAAAUAUCCAAAGACCAACAGUUCACUUUUUGGGGUUUGAGCUAUGGUUUCACUAAGGAGAUGGGCUAUGUCAGAAAGGGAAUGCACUGGGGAGCUAGGUGGGCGGUAGAUUCCUUCAACAAUGAUUGAUUUACUGCACGGGAUCUUAAUUGUGCCAGAAAGGAAAUCAAAGGUGGCAGGAGGGCUAAAGUCUUGUAAGGGAGUAAACUUUACGGAAUUGUCAAUAUAAAUAACAAUACCACUUCCUCUUUUUGCUCUGUCAUUUCUAUGGCAUGAAUACCCAUUUAUUGCAAUGGCAGAAUGAGGAAUUUUUGCGGUUAGCCACGAUUCAGAAAGCACAAUGAUUUUGGGCUUGUAAUGUGAACACCAUGCUUGCAGUGCAUCGAUCUUUGGUAGGAAGCUGCGAAUAUUACAGUGCACAAAAGAAAGGCCUUUUUUAGCUGGAAUCUGGAAUCUGUUGGGGGACCAGGGUUAGACUCUACUUCAUUUGCAAGUGCAAGUAACAUGAGUAAUAGGAAUGUGGACAUAAUCUCAGUUUGGUAGUAUUGUAAUUGUAGGAUUUAUACUUUGGUGGGGUGGGAGGGCAGAUAAAUUACAGCAACAAAGCAGGUCAUAAAGUAUAAGAACUUGGUUUUCAGUUUGUGUUGAGUGUUGCUUAAGAGGGUAUUGGUAGGAACAUGACAAGAGUGUGAACAGUGUUACAAGGAAUAUUAACACGGCCAUAUUUGGAGCCAUGUACAGGAGGGGAGGAGAUAAAAACAAACAUUAAGUAGGUUACAAUAAUGCAAAUAUAUGAUGAGGAAGUAGUACCUACACUACACAUAUAGCUAGUUACAGAAUACAAACAUAAAUGCAGCAAGCACAACAGUGUGUGGAUGAUAAUGAAGAUGUUAAUUGCAGGAUUGUCUGCUGUUUUCCUCCUUGUGUACUUCUUGAUGAACUCCCUUGGUAAACUCCUCGGAUUCAGGAUGUUGAAGACACGGUCAUUUCAGGGUUUUUCAAACUUUGAAUUUUGAUGCUGGGUCCAUGUCCCAUUCUGGAGCAUUUUAGAAGGUUGCUAAUUCAAACUACCCCACAAAGCCACAAACCUUAGAAUGGGAUCUUUUUUUGUAACAGGUAUAGUGGGAAUAAGUAUUUUUACUUUUUUUCUUUUUAAAACUUGAUAUUGAACCUUUUUUUUUUUUACAUUUUUAUUACAGCUAACCCCUAACUAGCCUUACACAAAAUAAAUUCCCCAAUUUCCAAUUAACUUCCACCCACUUCAGCUAAAUAAAUAAAUAAUUGAAAAAAUAUUACAAUAAUAAUUCAAUUCAAUCCAUGAGGGUUAAAAAAACCCAAUAAAAAUAAACCCUUAAGGGUUAAAAAUGCAGUGAUCAAUUGUCAGGGAAAUUGUUAAUUUUCAUUAGAACAGGGUAAAAAGGGUGGGAUUUUAAAUAAGCACUUUUUCUUUUGCAGGAAGAAGUAGAUCUACUCUGAUUGGUUUCCCUCCACGUCACUGCUUCUACGGAGGUGGAGGGAAGUGGAUCAGAGGUCCCAGCACAUGAUCGCUGUGACUGGCAAUCCCAGUGGUUACAUGUGCUGGGAGAGUGUGAUUAGCUGCUGCCGCCCUGCCUCGGAAAUUGAGGCAGACUGAAGCAGCAUUAACUUCAUGAUCGCUGCAACCACAGUGAUCUGGUUAAUUUUAGUCAAUGAUGGAAAUGUCUCGUCAUGUAUCCUUAAGGGUAAAGUUGCCAUGGUGGAAAAUGUCUGACCAGUUUGUUAAAGGGUUAAAUCAAAGCCUUAUUUUGAGAGUAACUUAGAACUGUUUAAGACAGGGGUAGUCAAACUUUUUCUACCUACCGCCCACUAAUGCAUCUUUCUUGAUGGAAAAAUAUCCUUACCACCCACCAGUUUUCACGCAAGAGCGGAAUACUUUUUAGAAAGGAGGGUUUUUAAAAAAAAUAAAUGUACGUCCAUUUAUCUUUUUAUUUCUACUUAAUGCAUGUUUAUGUUUUUAGCUUUAUAAAGUUUAAUGAGAAAACAAAGUAAAUUGAAAUUACCUUUACUAGUAAUUAAUGAGAUCCUUGAGGUUGAUGCUCCGAGACUAAAUAUUUGAUAUCUGGUUCGAUUUUCGUAAGGAACAAACGAAGGUCUCCACUUUCGGUGACAUUCAGACGACUUUUCUGUUUGCGCAUAAUAUGAUUUCUCAUCUGUGCGUCAGCUCAUCUCCUCUCCUUCCUCAAUUCCCCUCCCCACCUUUUUUUCCCUUUUUUCUAUUUUUUUAACCUUCCUUUUAGCAAUGCCCAGCAGGAAGGCUGAGCUACGCAGCCCACUUACCAUUAUUAGUCAACAACAAUUCUCUCCUUUUCCUUUUUAUUUUCCUUCUUUCUCCUUUUUUUCAAGCACUCUGCUCAUUCUUCUCCUAUUCUACAAAUACUCUGCUCCUUCUUUCUUCUAUUCUACAAAUACUCUGCUCCUUCUUUCUCCCAUUCUACAAAUACUCUGCUCCUCCUUUCUCCUAUUCUACAAGUACUCUGCUCCUUCUUUCUUCUAUUCUACAAGUACUCCGCUCCUUCUUUCUUCUAUUCUACAAGUACUCUGCUCCUUCUUUCUUCUAUUCUACAAAUACUCUGCUCCUUCUUUCUUCUAUUCUACAAAUACUCUGCUCCUCCUUUCUCCCAUUCUACAAGUACUCUGCUCCUCCUUUCUCCUAUUCUACAAAUACUCUGCUCCUUCUUUCUUCUAUUCUGCUCCUCCUUUGUUUAGCCGCCGAAAUCCCUACCGCCCACCUGGAAUCCUGAAACACCCACAAGUGGGCGGUAGGGACUAGGUUGAUGACCCAUGGUUUAGGACAUUAUUUAAGAUAAAUUACUGUGCUAGUUGGUUCCUUCUUGAGGCUCCUAACCCUGGGAUUCAGUUAAAAGUCAGACAUUACAGAGGGGGAUAUGUGGCAAUUGGGAGCAUGACUCGUAAAAAUAAAUAAAUUCUAAUAAUAAUGUUUUUGCACUUUAACAAACCUUCAAUGUGUCCCUCUUUAUGAGGUACAGUCCCUAUUUUGGGCCCUCUUUUCUCUCAUAAUGUCCUUCUUUUCUAAAAGCUGGUGUGUCUGAGUGUAUAACAGAGCUCAAAAAGAAAGGAAUGCACACCAACUGAUACAAUAGUAUCUAUCUAAAUAUAUUUAUUAUAAUACAAUGCAAAUAUUACAUACAAAAAAUGCAACAAUAUAACAGUGACCAAAUAGGCAAAAAAAGGCUAAACCAUAUAAUUACCAAAUCUCACAAGCCUAUAUGGGCAGAAACACGAGUCACAAACAGUCCCCCAACGUUUCGGCUCCUCCUGGUAGCCUUUAAGGAGCCUUUUUUUGCCUAUUUGGUCACUGUUAUAUUGUUGCAUUUUUUGCAUGCAUGAUUUGGAUUUGUAUUGCAAUAAAAUAGAUAGAUUCUAUUGUAUCAGUUGGUGUGCAUUCCUUUUCUUUUUGAAUAUUUAGUUUAUUGGUAUUGGAGGGAGUACCUUGUUGGAAUAGCACCCUUAAUUGUGGUGGUAAUUAUACUAAGUGUCUCUCCACAUGUUAUAUUUUGUAUGUAUAACAGAGCUCCACAGCAAUAAUACUCCCAGUAAUGGGUCUGAGUGUAUAACAGAGCUCCACAGCAAUAAUACUCCCAGUAAUGUGUCUGAGUGUAUAACAGAGCUCCACAGCAAUAAUACUCCCAGUAAUGGGUCUGAGUGUAUAACAGAGCUCCACAGCAAUAAUACUCCCAGUAAUGUGGCUGAGUGAAUAACAGAGCUCCACAGUAAUAAUACUCCCAGUAAUGUGUCUGAGAGUAUAACAGAGCUCCACAGCAAUAAUACUCCCAGUAAUGUGUCUGAGUGUAUAACAGAGCUCCACAGCAAUAAUACUCCCAGUAAUGUGUCUGAGUGUAUAACAGAGCUCCACAGCAAUAAUACUCCCAGUAAUGUGUCUGAGUGUAUAACAGAGCUCCACAGCAAUAAUACUCCCAGUAAUGUGUCUGAGUGUAUAACAGAGCUCCACAGCAAUAAUACUCCCAGUAAUGUGUCUGAGUGUAUAACAGAGCUCCACAGCAAUAAUACUCCCAGUAACGUGUCUGAGUGUAUAACAGAGCUCCACAGCAAUAAUACUCCCAGUAAUGUGUCUGAGUGUAUAACAGAGCUCCACAGCAAUAAUACUCCCAGUAAUGUGUCUGAGUGUAUAACAGAGCUCCACAGCAAUAAUACUCCCAGUAAUGUGUCUGAGUGUAUAACAGAGCUCCACAGCAAUAAUACUCCCAGUAAUGUGUCUGAGUGUAUAACAGAGCUCCACAGCAAUAAUACUCCCAGAAUGUCCACAGCAAUAAUACUCCCAGUAAUGUGUCUGAGUAUAACAGAGCUCCACAGCAAUAAUACUCCCAGUAAUGUGUCUGAGUGUAUAACAGAGCUCCACAGCAAUAAUACUGCCAGUAAUGUGUCUGAGUGUAUAACAGAGCUCCACAGCAAUAAUACUCCCAGUAAUGUGUCUGAGUGUAUAACAGAGCUCCACAGCAAUAAUACUCCCAGUAAUGUGUCUGAGUGUAUAACAGAGCUCCACAGCAAUAAUACUCCCAGUAAUGUGUCUGAGUGUAUAACAGAGCUCCACAGCAAUAAUACUCCCAGAUGUGUCUGUGUAUAACAGAGCUCCACAGCAAUAAUACUCCCAGUAAUGUGUCUCAGUGUAUAACAGAGCUCCACAGUAAUAAUCCCAGUAAUGUGUCUGAGUGUAUAACAGAGCUCCACAGCAAUAAUACUCCCAGUAAUGUGUCUGAGUGUAUAACAGAGCUCCACAGCAAUAAUACUCCCAGUAAUGUGUCUGAGUGUAUAACAGAGCUCCACAGCAAUAAUACUCCCAGUAAUGUGUCUGAGUGUAUAACAGAGCUCCACAGCAAUAAUACUCCCAGUAAUGUGUCUGAGUGUAUAACAGAGCUCCACAGCAAUAAUACUCCCAGUAAUGUGUCUGAGUGUAUAACAGAGCUCCACAGCAAUAAUACUCCCAGUAAUGGGUCUUUAAACUACAAUAAAUGUGAAUCAGUCUGUGGAAAUAACAUACAUUGUUCUUCUACAUUAAAGUUUAGCUGUAAAAAGUAUAAAUAAGUCACCUAAAAUGUCCCAGAACACCUCGCCUCCUGCCACACCCCCAUGUACACCCCUAAAAGUAAAGUGUCGCUCUCUGUCCAAUUGAAAUGUUGGGAGGUGUGGUUCAGGGCUUUGUGAAUAAUUGUUUUGAUUAUACCCACAGAGCAGUCUCUCUAAAUACAUCCAAAUUUAUUAUUUAUGCUUUUAGAAGUGCUUAUGGUGGUAGGCAUCUGUAUGUGCAGUGUUUCUGCUGGAGAUGCUGCACAUAUAGAGAUAUUUACAAUUGUGUGCUGGAGGGCUAGCUAAACCCCCGACACCUGUGAGUUUGGCAGCCCAGAACCCUUUUUCACAGCUGCUACAAAACAAAUUAGAUCCUUGCACUGUGUGAGUGCAAUUUAAAUUUCUUCAUCAUAGUUUCAAGGCAAUGUGAUUGGCUGAGUUUGCUCUGUUUAGAAGCUGAACAAGGUCACUGCUUUAUACCCUCGACAUGUUCACUUAUUUAGGAAUUUUCUAAACUAAAAUAUUCACCAUUUCUCUACUAGGGAACGUUUUAAUUCUCCCCAUUUCUGGUUAUUUUCUUAAGAUAAUCUCACGCACAGAUCAUGCACGUCUUUUAAAAUCUCAUGUGUUUUAUUGUAAAAGAUUUCAGAUAAUAUGGAAAUAAACAUACAAAGAUGCAGAAAAUGAGAAUUCUAUUUAAAUUUACCAUAUUGUGUGCUGACUGUUUUAUCUGUUUGUUUGUAACAGGGACAGAAGACACCUUCAUCCUGGACUCUCGGGAUAUUCUCCAGAUCGGCUGAGAGUGAUUACGAAUGGCUUCAGACAUUGCUCCAAUCUGAGGGGUUCAGAGGUCAGGCUCCACACGUUCGGUCCUUUUAUAUUUCCAACAAUGGAAUGGCACAGUUUAUGGAAGAUGUUUCAGAGUGCAAGUUUGGAAUAUUGUAUCACACUAAGAACAGAGGUGGAAUAAAUAUCACCGACGUGAUGGAUUCUCUGUAUGAUGAAGAACUGAAAUUAAUGUCUGAUAAUCUUGGUAAGAAAGUCACAGUGUAGAUAUAAAUCAAAUUAUAAAAAUUAUCUAUAAAUAAUGAACGCUGACAUUAUGUAUCUCUGUAUUCUGUGCAGGGAAGGACAAUGUCCUGGUGGUCAUCGAUGACCUGGAAGAUAGCAGCCCCCAGGAAAGGAACAGGAUCCUGCACAACCAGCCAAGUAUCAGAAUAUAUUCUAGUGAUCUUUUCCUUAUUGCAGAAACCAGGAUAGAAUAUGAGAAAAUCAUUAAGGAACAAUCUGAGAUGACUUCACUAUGA